CUUCCAGAAAGAGUUUUCGUCCGAAGGGAAGGACGACCCAGCCAAGAACACCAAGGAUAUAGAUGUCAAGCUCUUGGCAAACCUCCCCAAAGGUGACUCGGGGGUUAAAGCGUGCUGUGCUGCAUGAAACACAUGACUAUCUGACAAAGGUUGCAUCUAAAAUGGCAUCCUAUUCCCGUUCAUAGUGCACUACUUUUGAAUCCGGAGCCAUUGGAAUGCAUUCUCUGACAACGGAGACUUUCCCAGGGUUAUGGGGUUGAGGGAAGUGGUUUCUAUUGUGUGACUGUGUUGGUUGGAAGGGUUGUUGUUUGAUGGCGCUUGUUGCCUUGAUAAAGUUCAGUUAAAAAUAAUAUUGUGGGGUUUUAAGGGAGCAGCGUGUGUGAGUGCUAGGAGGGGGAAUAGUGUGUGUAGUCCUGUGGGUUGGUGUUUGUGUUUGGUGCAAAUAGGGGAACUGGAGUUUGAAGACUUCACAGAGACUACAACACGGUGAAAAAUCGCUGCGAGAGACAUUUACAAGGAACUGACAAUCUGCAACCCGUCUCAACAAUAAAAUAAAAUAUCAUAUAAAGUAGAGGUGUUUGAUUUUUUUCAUUCGUUGACGUUUUUGCUUGUGUUCCUGUUGUGUUGUGAACAUUUUAUCGUACAUAAUGUACUGUGCAGUAGUAACAAGCAUAAGUUCUAGACUGGGCUGUUUUCUCUCCUGACUACAGUGCAACUCCUGUACUACUAGCUAAUGGAUAGCGCUGUCUGUCGGUCUGUCCUCCUAAGGGCUUAGACACAGCAAUAGCGUUUGCUGACCGAGAGUACUUGGCACCUCUGAACGUAAUUUGCGAACCGCGUGCGCACCGAUUUUACAUGUAGAAUCGAGUGAAAAUGUCAACGUCUACAGCGUGUUGUCCCUAAAACAGCGCGCUGAACGAUCAGCUGACGAACACUAGUUCCACAUUCGGUGUGAUGUGUUCGAGCCUUACAGGGGAAUCUGAUCCAAUCCAAUAGGCCUUUACCUGACGGUGGCCUGUUCCUAUGGGUCUGGGUGUAUUCUGAGCGAUCUCUCAGAUGCCUCUAUUUAGGAACUAGACAGGAUCAUUAUUUUAAGAUCAAUCACAUGAAAGACAGUGUUUUCCACUAGCGCCAGUUGUCGGCUAAACAGCUGAUUACAGACUCAUUAUCAGCCGGCUACUUUUUCCACUUAAAUGAACUAGGCUACUUUUCAAUUCACAAGUCAGAAAAAAAGUCAGUCGAGCCCUCUCCCGCUAGAAUGAACGAUAUGCAUUGUUUUUUUGAGACCCAUUUUGUCAUAAGAAAAAGUGCCCAUCACACAAUUUGUUUGAAUUUAAAAUGUAACCUUGAAUAAAUAAAACAAAUUCUAGAUGAUUUUUUGGGGGGGGGGGGGCUAACCCCUUCGGACCCCCGCCCUCACUGGGAAGAUUCCGCAUGUACAACCACUUCCUAUGCUCAGUCAUUUGCAGUUUGGACUUUAUAUGAUCUUUUAUUGUUGAGACGGGGUGCACAUUUUGUCAGUUCCUUGUAAAUGUCUCUCUCAGCGAUUUUUCACUGUGUUGUAGAGAACAGAGUAGCCUACUGGAGGAAUCGUCACCUCAUUAUAGUUCAAUAACAAGACCCACAAACAAACCAAUCUAUUCUUGCUCUAGAUGUGACAGUAGCCUGGUCCCAGAUCUGUUUAAACUCUACAUUCAACUCUGUGGGAUAAUAUGAGCUUAAACUGUCCAACCUCAUCUGCUGUAAUGCCUUUCUCCUAUCAUGACUACUGAAUUCUGAAUUGAUAAACUUGAUUGACUACUCUCUACUUUCCAGUUUUUCCUCUUGUACCUACCUGUGUUUUCAUCCAUCCAGUUUCAGAAUUGAGGAAGCGUUUUGAAAGCAUCAGCCCAAGCACUAGCUGUGACUGGGAAAUGAACAGGUAUGACUGAGACAUUCAGCUCCUUCAACCAUGUAACGAAGCCAGCCGUUAUUGUAGUGGUGACUGUGAUGAAUAAGAACGUGUGUGUGUGUGUGUGUGUGUGUGGCUACUCAGUCAAACGGGUAUUCUGUCAUGUCACUGUGUCUGACUCUGUAUGUAGGAAGGAGAGGAUUGCCCGGCGGUUGGAGGGUAUAGAAAGUGAGGUGCAGCCUGCCAUAUUACCCAGCUGCCCCGGCCUGGUGACCAAUCGGCUGCUAGAGGAAGACACACCCCGUUACACACGCUCCUCGGACACCUGUGACCCCUGUGUUGGUGAGGAUCACUAAACUGCACACAUUGUACCUAGAGUUCCUACAUAGCUGCAUCAGCUACUUACACAACCCACAGAAUGACAGAACUUGAGCAUUGCCAGAGCUCCAUAUAGUACAUCAUUUUCUAAACCCGUCUCACGCUUUUGGAUAUGAAUUUGGUCAAUCUUUGCUUACAGUAUGAAGUAAUUUGAAAGAUAUGCAUCGACUUCAUGCAUUAUAUUCACUGAGUGUACAAAACAUUAGGAACACCUUCCAAAUAUUGUUGCGCCCCCUUUUGCCCUCAGAACAUCCUAAAUUCGUCGGGGCAUGGACUACAAGGUGUCGGAAGCGUUCCACAGGGAUGCUGGCCCAUGUUGACUCCAAUGCUUCCCACAGUUAUCAAGUUGGCUGGAUGUUCUUUGGGUGGUGGACCAUUCUUGAUGCACAUGGGAAACUGUUGACCGUGAGAAACCUAGCAGCGUUGCAGUUCUGACACACUCAAACCGGUGCGCCUGGCACCUAUACCAUACUCAGUUCAAAGGCACUUAAAUAUUUUGUCCUGCCCAUUCACCCUCUGAAUGGCACAUAUACACAAUCCACGUCUCAAUUGUCUCAAGGCUUAAAUGGAUUUAUUUAACCUGUCUCCUCCCCUUAAUCUACACUGAUUUAAAGUGGAUUUAACAGGUGACAUCAAUAAGGGAUCAUAACUUUCACCUGGAUUUCCCUGUUCAGUGUGUCAUGGAAAGAGCAUGUGUUCAUAAUGUUUUGUACACGGUGUAUAUUUGUUUGUGUACUCCGUGGUAAUGGAAUAGGUGAAUGAUUGAUAACCACUGCCGAAACUAGAUCUAUUUGUUAAUAUUACGAAGAAGUUAUGAAAGCAUUGAACUAAUGCUGCCAGCUAGAUUAUAAUGUGUUGUACACUGUGUAUUACUUGCGUAGAGUUUUAGUCCAUGCAUGAUGGUCUAAUGAUGGUCUCUAUCUAUCCCCAGUUACAGUGCAGCGUUACAGUAAGGAGGACAUGGAGAGUCCAGAGAUGAUGACCCAUCAGCAGGUCACUGCUCCAGAGAGGCAGUCCAGAGCCCGGAGCCGGCCUGAGGGCCAGACCAUCCCAACUGAACCCAUUUACAGCUCUGACUCCGCAGGUACCGACCUGGACUCCAAGGCCGAUCGGAUAGCCCGCUACAAGGCGGAACGGCGUCGGCAGCUGGCCGAGCGCUACGGUAUGUCUCUGGACCAGGAACCAGACGCCACCACCGAUCACUUCUCCUCCCGAUCUGGCUCUGCCCGUGGUCGCAAGGAGUCUGACACCUCUUCGGUGAGGCAACAGGGCUACACAAACGUCAAGCCACGCCCCAGGGCGGAGUCUGUCGGGGAUGAACCCUCCUACACUUCAGGCAGCUCCAGGGUGGGGAGACUGGCACUCCAGCCACAAAGCUACGGUGAGCCUGGCCAGGGGAGACCCAGGGUGGACUCGUUCACGGAGAGGGAGAGGGUGAUGAACCUGGAGAACCAGCGCAGGGCAGGGCAGCAGGAGAGGAACAUCAACGCCCUCGAGCCGCCGCUCCCCUCUUCCGCCACCUACAUGGAUGUGACGUCAUCAUCGCCCACCUCAGCCAAGGUGCCCGUUGCUAAUGACCACACCAUCACAGGGGUGCCCCCCAGCUCGCCCAAGAUGACCCGGAAGUCCUCACUGCCCUCCCCCAAACAGGGGGUGUCCCCUGAGGGCCUGUUCAUAGAGCAACAGGCCCACAACAUCCUCGGCAGACAGGGGUGAGUUGACCGACCUACUACACUGUCUAGUCCUCUUUCUCUUCCUAUUGUGAAGAUUCUCUCUCUGUACAGUGUCUCUUUCCCCUUACUGUAAAUAAAACAGAUGGGGGAGAGAGAGAGAGAGAGAGAGAGAGUGAAAGAGAGGGAUCAUCUGUCUCUCCCUCUCUCACACACACACAUACCGCGUCUCCUUGAUCCCUUUAACAGAACUCUCACAAGGUCGUCCUCUUGGCAGGAACAUUAACUGCAUCAAAAUGGCACCCUAGUCCCUAUAGAGUGCACUUCUUUUGACCAAGUAGUGCAGUAAAUACGGCAGGGUGCCAUUUGGGACGCACACAAUAAUUUAUAGCAUAGAGGAAGAGCAAUCUGUGCAUGCAGCAGCAGGCUCAGUCAAUCCAACAGGGUUUACACACAGCUGGGCCUGGGAGGACUGAAGCCUGAACUGAAGUCUGAUCAGUUUUAGUUGUUGCUGCAUCGUGUUUGAUGUUGCUGCAUAUACAGUGCCUUCAGAAAGUAUUCAUACCCAUUGACUUUUUCCACCUUUUUUGUUACAGCCUGAUUUUUAAAUGAAUUAAUUUGAGAUUUUAUUUCUCUGACCUACACACAUAAUGCCAGUGGAAUUAUGUUUUUCGAAAUUUUUACAAAUGAAUUAAAAACGAAAAGCUGAAAUGUCUUCAGUCAAUAAGUAUUCAACUCCUUUGUUAUGGCAAGCCUAAAUAAGUUCAGGAGUAAAAAUGUGUUUAACAAGUCACAUUAUAAGUUGCAUGGACUCACUCUGUGUGCAAUAGUGUUUAACAUACAAUUAUCUGUAAGGUCCCUCAGUCAAGCAGUGAAUUUCAAACACAGAUUAAACAACAAAGACCAGGGAGGUUUUCCAAUGCCUCGCAAAGAAGGGCACCUCUAUUGGUAGAUGGGUAAAACAAACAAAAAAAUAAAUUAAAUAUCCAUCUGAGCAUGGUGAAGUUAUUAAUUACACUUUGGAUGGUGUAUCAAUACACCCAGUCACUACAAAGAUACAGGCGUCCUUCCUAACUCAGUUGCCAGAGAGGAAGGAAACUACUUAGGGAUUUCACCAUGAGGACAAUGGUGAAAACAGUUAGUGUUUAAUGGCUGUGAUAAAGAAAACUGAGGAUGGAUCAACAACAUUGUAGUUACUCCACAAAACUAACCUAAUUUACAGACUGAAAAGAAGGAAGCUUGUACAGAAUAAAAAAUAUUCCAAAACAUGCAUCGUAUUUGCAACAAUGCACGAAAGUAAUACUGAAAAUAAUGUGGCAAAGCAAUUCACUUUUUGUCCUGAAUACAAAGUGUUAUGUUUAGGGCGAAUUCAAUACAACACAUUACUGAAUACCACCCUCCAUAUUUUUAAGCAUAAUGGUGGCUGCAUCAUGUUAUGGGUAUGCUUGUAAUUGUUAAGAACUGGGACGUUUUUCAGUAUAAACGGAAUGGAGCUAAGCACAGUCAAAAUCCUAGAGGAAAACCUUGUUCAGUCUGCUUUCCACCAGACACUGGGAGAUUAAUUCACCAAGUUGCAUACCAAGAAGACAGUAAAUGUUCCUAAGUGGCCGAGUUAGUUUUGACUUAAAUCUACUUGGAAAUCUAUGGGAAGACCUGAAAAUGGUUGUCUAGCAAUGAUCAACAACCAAUUUGACAGAAUAAUGGGCAAAUGUUGCACAAUCCAGGUGUGGAAGGCUCACAGCUGUACUCGCUGCCAAAGGUGCUUCUACGAAGUAUUGACUCGGGUGUGAAUACUUAUGAGAUUUAUUUUUCAAUACAUUUGCAAAAAGUUCUUAACAUGUUUUCGCUUUGUUAUUUAUGGGGUAUUCUGUGUAGAUGGGUGAGAAUAUAUUUAAUACAUUUUUUUAUUCAGGCUGUAACACAACAAAAUGUGGAAUAACUCAAGGGGUAUGAAUACUUUCUGAAGGCACUGCAUGUAUUUUUCUGUGCCAAAAUGUUCAGGUGGUUGAACAGCGACUUGUAGGAUUUAGUUUAUUAAACCUAAAGGAGCAGCUUUAUUUGUUGCUUUGCUGAACAGUUACACAACCCACUUGAGCCAAAGUCAUAGAAAGUCAACGAAAGCCCAGGUUGUGAGACUGCUGAUACAAUGCUGUGGUACUAUAUUUCCAACAACGACACUCAAUAUUAGAGGUUAGUUUAGGGAUACUUCAUUUGGGAUUCAUGGUCCAAUGCAGUGUCUAGUCUGGAGACAUUUAGUUUUUCUCUCAGUCCUUCAGGCUUAUUUUAACAGCCAUCCCUAGCUGUAGCCUGCUGGAGCUAAAUGUUUACUCACUAAGGGGAAACGAUUAGGGACACAUGGUCCGAUUCCACAUCACACCAGGCAUCUAUCUCGCUCUCCGUCUCUCUCCGCCCUCUCUCUCUCUCGGGUUUCAGAACUUGGCAGCGGCUGUGUUGCGUUAGCCAUCAGGAGGGGUGUUGGGUUACAGGGUGCGCAAUGUGACUCCUCGGUCAGAACUAUGAGCGCGUACAGACACAGAUGGGACUGAUGAAGGCCAGCAGCACCACGCCACGCCACCCACCUGGAGAAAGAGUUUAGGGUUUAGGACACUGAGCAGCUCUCUCUCUCUCGCUCAAGCGCUCUCCCUGGUGCUCUCGCUCGCUCUCUUGCUCUCUCUCAUAGAAAACCCUCUGAGUCACAUGCUGUUGCCCACUGCUGGGUGAGGGCAUGGCUCUGGAUAUCUGGUAGGACAGAUAAGGAAGGACGUUUUUGUUGCUCCAUUGUUAUCAAGGGACCUAACGUGUGCCAGGAAAACAUUCCCCACACCAGUACACCACCAGCCUGUACCGUUGACACCAGGCAGGAUGGAUCCAUGGCCAUACUCAUGCUGCUUACGCCAAAACCUGAUUCUGCCGUCAGCAUGACGCAACAAGAACCAGGGUUUGUCAGACAAAGGAAUGUUUUCCACUCAAUUGUCCAGUGUUGGUGAUCGCGAUCCCACUGGAACCGCUACUUGUGUGUUCCGAGAUGCCGUUAUUCAUCUGUUUGUGGACCUCGUGUUAGCUUACACGAUUCUUGCCAUUGUCCUUCGACCUCUCAUCAACGAGCUGUUUUCGCCCCCAGGACUGCCGCUGCACAUGCAUUGUACACAAUACGUCAGUUGAAUGGCUACUAUUUGGUAUUUUAUUAGGAUCCCCAUUAUACUUCCUGGGGUCCACACAAAAAAUGAAACAUGACAUAAUACAGAACAUUAAUAGACAAGAACAGUUCAAGGACAGAACUACAUCACUUUAACAAUGGCACGCGUAACCUACAUAUCAAUACAUCCACACAAACUAUCUAGGUCACAUUUUCCAUAGACGUGUAGAGUACACUGUGCAUUGCAAUACAUGCUGCUGUGUGCGUCAUCUCUGUGUCCUAUCAUUUUCCCAAGCCCCAGUUGAUGCCUCUUUUAUUGUUCAUUUCGAUUAACAUUCCCGGAGAGGAUUUGUUUCAUAUUUCAUUGUUUGUUGACAUCUCUCCAAAUACCAGAAUGAUAACUGAGCUCCCAGUAGAAUGGAAUAUCCACUGAAGUACAAGGCAGAUGGAUGGUUCUUUCUUGGUCAAGCUUAAUGUGUUUGUGCUACAAGUGUAAUGCUCGGGGCGGUCUCCCCACUAGCCACUCACUCACCCAGGGUGCGUUUGAAAAUAUACCCUGUUCCCUAUAAUAGUGCACUAAUUUUGACCAGAGCUCCAUAGGCUCUGGUCAAAAGUAGUGCACUGCACAAAGAAUAGGGCGCCAUUUUGGAUGCAGCCCCAUUGUCGCUGACUCACUGCGUCUCCCAUCCCAUUGGUGCAGCCCGGAGGUGAAACUAACCAGCAAUUGGUUCCUCCAGACCGAUUCGGAAGGCAACACCCAAUCCCUUAUCAACUGGCCCUCCAGGUACAGGGUUUGUUUGACCCUCCCUCCCUCCCUUCCACAUUCCCAUCUUUUAACCGAGCCCAUGCCAUCGUCACAUCAGACCUCAUUCCUCAUCAACAUUAAUGGGUGUGUUGCUGUGUUUUCAUUUCACUGACCAAAUGAUCCCCCUCCUCCCCGCCCCUGUUCAUGUUGUCCAAUGACUCUAAAGCCGUUUCGAUCUCAAUUACUUAUAGAGUUACUUACAGUAAGUGCUCUAUUGCAGUUUCUCCCUGUUUCUCUACUGACCAAGCCAGACUGUCUGAGGGAGGAUGAAGAAUGAUGCUGGGAGUCAGACCGUGGGAGAAAACCCUUUAGUCAUGGCUCAUCCCCCACUCCUCUCCUCUCCCAGCCUUGACUCAGCACAUAGAUCUUGUACAGUCUCUAUCCCUCAGGCCUACACACAGUCAGAGCAACUUGAAAUUAGAGCUGCAAUUAUUAUUAUUGCUGAGUUGGCUCAAUUUUCACCCCAAAACAUUUACUCCACUAAAUCUCCUUAGAUCUUGGCUAGGGUUGCAGAAUUCUGGUAACUUUUGGUUAGAGGAUUCUCAGAUUUCUUGCUUAUUCCCUUGUAAACUCCAGGAAUCUUCCAACCAGUAGUACCCUUGUGGAUGUUAGACAGAAUCUCUACUGGACUGCUCUGAGUGUAUGUCUAUCCUCAGUCAGGGAAUCGACAGGACUUUGUUAUUAUGGUAGGUUAUACGAUCCAUUUCUGACCAGAUAAACCUGUUAUCAGCCACAAGUCACAAAUGGGUUGUAAAUAGACAGCUUUCAAAAAGCCACAAGUGAGGGUGCUGUCAGUAAAGUCACGCAUUGUCUGAUUCUCUGCAGUAGAUCAGAUAUCAGCCUAGAAUUGUGAGCCUAACAGAAUAAAGAACAGCUGAAUCUAGCUAGGACUUCUGGAUUUAGUCAUAAAGGAAUGUGUCAUUCAAAGAUGAGGAGAAAAGCAGACACAGUGAGCUAACCUUCCACAUCCAGUCCUAGGCCCUGUUGCCCACCAGAUUCACAAAACACAAGCUAAUACAAGGAAUAGCAACUUUGCUUAACUUUCUUCUUAAGUCUAUAGGGAAGGGGAAAAUGGCAGUUAAUAAGAAAUUAAGAAAUGUUCUGCGAAUCCAGGCCCAGGCCUGCUCAGCUGUGGAAGACUGUUGUGGAAGAGAGAAGGAAGAGGGGCUGCGGUUUUUGUUUUUGUUGGCCAUCUGCCAGCCCCCCUACAGAGAUUAACCUGUACAGUACUACUUUAACACUCCCAGAACCAUCACCGACAAGUCUUGCAGGAAAGUGUUACUGUUAGCAUUGCGUUAGCCACCACCUGACAACAGCUGCUAGCUAGCCUAGCAUGUUACCAACCAACCUCCACCACCAUCCAGCAUGUGGUCUGACUGUGCUCUGCAGCCAAUUGAUUCCCUGUUUGUUUUAGUUUGGUAACUUGGUGUUCUUCGUGCGUUUUUCAUUAGUAUCUCACUGGUCAGAUGGUACUACAGUACAUUCAUAUGACUGUUUUUCUCUGGGGAUAUCUGUGACUCUGACAUUUUGACCGUUUUCUGUAAAUAAAUAAAUAAAUGCAGCCACAAUUUAAUAAGAGAGAGGAGGGGUUGAGAAGGGUAGAGGGGAAAGCGAAUGUUUUAUGGCUGAGGGAAGGAAAGGGAUGUGUUGGGCUUUCACCAUUAUUUAAUUAUCUUUUCUCGCUGCACUCUGAGUUUCAGUACAAACUGCAGCGAGUUGUUAACCCUCUCGGUCUCUCCCUGAAGAAUCCGAGUUAGGGAGAGGCUCGUCAGGGAGGAGGGAAUCCGACAGAGUCCAGAGCUGGGCCACCAUGUCGCUGAGGCCCCCCUGUACAGGAGACACCCCCAACCCAAGACCCAGGCCACCACCUGCCCCACAGCCUACCACCAGGCUCCAGCCUACACCACCACCAACCCUCCAGGCCCCCAGCCAGCCUACUCUCACCCCCAGCCUCAACUCACCCGUUCUGGGCUGAGUGAUGACCCCAGCUAUCUGUCCAUGACCACUGGCCCCGGUCCCAGGGCACAGCAGCCACAACAGCCUCAGCCAGAGGAGGAAGAGGAGAUGGAGGGAGAGGUGGAUGAGGAGAGGGGAGCCCAUAGGGAGGGUAGACAGGAGGUGAGGACGGAGGUACUACUGAAGAGCAGGAAAGCUGUGCUGCCAUCAGAGAUCAGACGCAGGGAGAAGAGCACAGAGGACCCGCGUGGCAGCGGCCCCAGCAGGGGCAGCAGGGGAGAGGAGGAGCAGGCUGGCUACAGCAGGGCCCGAGAAGGCCAGGGAGUGGGACACGGGAGGAAGGCUGAGCCGGAGGAGCCCAGAGGAGGUUACAUGGGGGGAGGAGGGAGAACCAGGAUGCGACUGGAGGAACCGGACACAGACCCUGAACCAAUCAGACCUACAGGGGAACACGUGUCCCGUCUGCUGGCCGCAGAGAAUAGAGCAGAGGUCAGAGCCUCAGAGGAGCACCAACAACCGUGGAAUGACAACGCCAUUUACAUCCAGAGAGGGGUGGCCCCUUCUGCCACUCACAUCCAGACCAGGGGAGGAGCCAUGACCGCUGACGCUCCCGUCUCCUCCAGCUGUGCCACGUCCGACACUGGGGCCCCUAGAGGGUCCAUCCCGAAGACCCAAGGGCCAGGGCGGGUCAGAGAGGCAGCAGUCCUGCAACAAUGGGCCAGUGAGGAUGGGAUCAGUAAUGGAGACCAGAGCCCACCAGAGACCAGGGAUGCUCGUGUCUCUGUGGCCAAGCUUCGCCACUCCUACCUGGAGAGUGCUACGACUGCUACUGCCCCAGUCAUCAGGAAACCGAAGCUGUAGGUGGUUCUGUUCUGUAGUACAGUGCUGCUCUACAAUGCAUUCUGCUAGGAGCUGCUGCUGGCUUCUAUCUGGAACUCACUAGCUUACCUGCACUGCCUAGCUAACACCAACCUCCUCCUGACUGAAAUAAUCAGUGUGAUUAUUCUGACCAGGGUUUCUGCUACUGACGCAUAGUAGAAAACACUCAUCCAAUCACUAACGCUAGCAGUAGAGCAUUUCGCGGCGGUGGGUUGACUGUUGCUUUCUCUUGGGCUGAGUGCUUGGACUACCUGAUGGACAGUAUGGUGUGUGUGUGUGUGUGUGUGUGUAACACAACGUAGUCGCAAAUCUUUGCAUGAGUAUGGCUUCCACUGCUCCUCCAAUGUAAAAAUCAGGGGUUGGGAUUUUGUGUGGAAAAGAAACGGAAAGCACGCCAUCUUUUCCUUUCUUUCGUUCCCUCACCCUGCUAUUUUUCUAUUUCCUUUCUUCAUCACCCCUUCUCCCUCUCUGCGAAGGGAGGAAGAGGUAGACUGGGUGUACCCGGGGGGUACGGGGGUCCCCUGGAGAGGGCAGCAAGUCAGUACGGAUGUCCCGUGGAGGGGGGACAGGGGGCGCAGGCCCAGACUCUACAUCUCACCUGGAGAGAGUAGAAAGACCUCGGAGAGAUUUAGGACCCAGCCCAUCACCUCCGCUGAGAGACAGCUGUCUGAUAGGUACAGUGUGUGUGUACUGUGUUUUAAUGCAUGGCAAACACAGAAUUAGUCCUCCUCGCUUCCCAUGGGUAAAGACUAGAGAGAGUGGCUAGUUGUCGGCUGUGAAGGAACACACUUCACAGGCUCAUCCAGAAACCUGUGCAUUCUCUCUCAGGCAGCAUGUACUGUAGGCUGUGUGUGGGUGUUUUCAUGCAUGGCGAAUAAAGUCACACCAGAACCGGGUUUGGGAAAUCCUGAUUUAGCAGAUGCUCUUAUCCAGUGCGACUUAGUGCAUUUAUCUUAAGAUAGCUAGGUGGGACAACCACAUAUCUCAGUCAUAGUAAGUACACAUUUCUUCAACUUUAUCUACUUGGAUAUCAGCAGUCUGUGCUAGUAGGGGAAAAAAAGUGAAGUGCGAUUUUCAGGAAAGGCAAGGGUAUUAAUUUUUUUUUUUAAUUACGGGGUGGGGGGAUUAUUUAAGAUACUCUUUAAAGAGGUACGUUUUCAGAUGUUUUUGGAAGAUGGGCAGGGACUCUGCUGUCCUAGUUUCAGGGGGAAGCUGGUUCCACCAUUGGGGUGCCAGGACAGAGAAGAGCUUGGACUGGGCUGAGCGGGAGCUGCCCUCCUGUAGGGGUGGGAGAGCCAAGAGACCAGAGGUGGCAGAACAGAGUGCUCGGGUUGGGGUGCAGGGUUUGAGUGUAGCCGGAAGGUAGGAAGGAGAAGUUCCUCUUGCUGCUCCAUAGGCAAGUACCAUGCAUGGUCUUGUAGUGGAUGUGAGCUUCAACCGGAAGCCAGUGGAGUGUGCGGCGGCUCUGAGCUCUUCAGCCGGGCUGCAGAGCGAGACAGGCGAUUAGAACCCAAAGGUCUGCCGCCUGCAUGCUGAGUGUAUCCUGCCAGUGGACAUUUCAUGUGACCAGCGUUCGCCCCGGGGGAAUGAAUUGCUCCUUUUGUUUACUGUUUAAGUUCCAGCAGUCCUCUCUCUCAGCAGACGUAUGUCUGUAAUGCUGUCUAAUGCCUUAGACUGGACAACUCUCUCUGUUAGAAUCUGAUUUCUGUGCAUGUGUCCCAAAUGGCACCCUGUUCCCUAUAUAGUGCACAACUUUUGACCAGAGCCCUAUGGUAGUGCAUUAUAUAGGGAAUAGGGUGCCAUUUGGGACUCUGUCUGUGUAAUUUCCGAACACCACCUACCCCAUCACAUUACCCCUGUUGCUGGAAAAACCUACUGCUGUCUUUUUGCUCUGUCUCUCCACUGCCUCUCUGGUAGCUGUUCUCACAGUAGCAGUCGUUUACCAUCGAUUCCUUACCACUUGAUAAUGUAUUAAUGUGAGUCCUGGUGAAUUUCACUGAUUCAGUACUUGUUUUUCCUUUCCUUCUUGCCUUUUCUCCUGAAGGUCUUGUUUGGGCCCAGAUCUACCCAGCACUGAAGGUAAGUUCCUUUUGAACUUCUUUGGUAAAAGAUAAAAGGACUUUUGUAGCUCAGAUCUGAAAAGUAAAAGUGCAUGCCAUCGAAUAAAGUUAAUAUGUUUACGUUCCGCAGGUCUGUAAAUAUUUGAAAAAGAUUCCCUUUAAUGAGAACAGCUUAAUGACGCAAGGCUCAUCAUUACACUUCUGGUUUAUAAAGGAGAAAAUAUAAAAACAUUUAAACUCGUUUUAUAGAGUCAUUAUUGGUGUUCACAGUAGCAUAACAUGGCUACGGUUUUACUGAGCAGAGUACUAUUCAUCCAUCUGGUUCCUAUAAACAAACACACACACACACACACACACACACACACACACACACAGUUUAAUACCCACCCACCCUCAGUCUGUCUGCAGUGUAGCGCGGCAUCAGUCAAAGGGGAUGCUUUCAAGGUGAUGUCAUAAUGUCCUGCAGUGUUUCUCAAAUGGCACCCUAUAUAGUUUACUACUUUCAGACUAGAACUCUGGUGAAAAGUAUCACACUACAUAGGGAAUAGUGUGCCGUUUGGGACGUAGACCCACACUCUCCCCGUACCCCUCUCAGAUCACACCUGUAUGUCUGUCUCUGCUGCUCUGUCUCCCAAACACACUGCAGUCACUUGCAUCACGUGGAGGUUUAGCUUGUCUUUGUUUUAUACACAUUACAGAUGGUGAUGAUCAUGAUGAUUAUAAACCUUUGGCCUGUAGUACUUUACAGCACAAGCUGUGAGAUCUAACUCAAUUUGCAGGCAUUGGACUGGUAUUUAAAGUCACUGUUUUGUUAAUGAUUCAAGCAAGCUGUUUUAUUAUGGGAUCUGGGCUCUAUUUGAGACACUUGGAGAUAAUUUUAUUUUUGCUCUCUCGGUUCCUCCCCUCUGUCUGUCUGUCUCUCUGUCUGUCUCUGUCUCUCUGUGUUUCUCUGUCUCGUGUUUCUCUGUCUCUCUCUGUGUCUCUCUGUGUCUCUGUGUCUCUCUCUGUGUUUCUCUGUCUCUCUCUGUGUUUCUCUGUCUCUCUCUGUGUUUCUCUGUCUCUGUGUUUCUCUCUCUCUCUGUGUUUCUCUCUCUCUCUGUGUUUCUCUCUCUCUCUGUCUGUCUCUGCGUCUGUCUCUCUCUCUCUCUCUCUCUCUGUCUGUCUGCCUGUCUCUCUCGCUCUCUAGCGGAUGAAGAGAAGUUGGAUGAGCGGGCCAAGCUGAGUGUUGCAGCCAAGCGGUCUCUCUUCAGGGUACGAAAGAACACAAUGUUGCUUUGAUGUUUUCUCUCACCUGUGUUUACGUUGCUUCAGGGUAGCAAGGCGUGGACAUGGCCUUUUUAGACACACUCACACACACACACACAGCAUUCCUCCUCUGUGACUCAGUUACUCCACACAUUGCUGUGAGCGGAGCAGCUGACUCUGAGCUUGAUUUAGGCCUGACACGGACCGACAGAGAGAAAUAUGCUACUAAUCAACUACAUAAGCAUUGAAACUGUCUACUUUUCCAUACAGAGUCUUCUUUUGGCCAACUUGCAUGUGGAAUAUACUGUCAAGAAGUGCAUAGCUGUCCAAGUCAUAGUAAUAACACAGAGACCGCAUAUAUUUUAACUGAAGUCAUAGUUUGCUCAAGCAGAGCGGGUCAAGCCUUGCCUGGUCCAAGAUCUAUUUGUGCUCUUGCCAACUCCACUGCUGUCAUUGGCAUGACAAUUCCACAACGAGUUGGCAAGAGAGCACACUGGCACAAGAGGGGAAUAGGCGAAGUGAGAGGGCUGACCCGCCCCAAAAAUGUGUUCACACAAAAAUAAAGCGUACAGCAGUGGAAGUGGGUGUUUUUUGUAUGGAGGUUAAUGAGAGAAUUUUGAGUUUGGUCAACAUAAAAUUGAAUUGCUAAUUUGCUAUGUGAGGCCUAUUUAAUCAAAAAAGUUUUGUAAUGCUUAGGUUGUAAGAAUGUACUGAUAUAAGUGGACGCGGUGACAUACCUCCUGCUUCCUGCCUUCUGCCUUUGCACACCUUGAUUUCCAUUGUUAGAAUGGAGACUUUAGUAUCUUGUCAGUAUAUAGAGCGUCUUUUCAGGCACUCGGGCUAGGUCAAGCACAGUGAUCAUGUGCUUUCUUUUCAGUCUCAUGCUAACAUCUUGGGCUACAUCAUGAUUAACUCUUUCCUCGUAUUUUAAGACAAAGUCCACCUUCACUCUCUAUGCAAAUGCAUCAUUGUUAAGAUUUACAAAAUUAAACCUUGCAACAACCAUUUCUUAUACUCUUUUGAUUAAGAACUUGGGCAACUCCAGAGGCGCUGGUUAACUGAACACAUUUCUUUAGUCUAUGGAUUGGAAUUAUAUUGGAAUACAUUUUUAUCUAUUGGAGUCCCUUAACUGAGAGUUUGAGCUUUGCCUUGAAAAUAUGACAGAUGACUUUGGUCUCCUUGCAUGGCCUCCGCAGGAGUUGGAGAGGAACACUGACGGGGGCGCCCCCAAACCCCAGUCCCGGAACGCGGCCAUCGAGAGGCGACUGAGACGCAUCCAGGACCGCUCCCGUACCCAGCCAGUCACCACUGAGGAGGUGGUCAUCGCUGCCACGUAAGUCCCAACUACGCCUGCCUCUCCCUCCAUCUCUUAUAUUUCUUCAUCCUUCCAUUCCUCCGUCUCUCUCUCCCCUCUCUCAGCUGCCUGUAUGGUGGGAGAGCUGGAGGGAUGGAGAGGAUUGUGGGCUAGUCGGUUGUUUUAAAUCUCUACCCAUGAACUGUAAAAUGUCAAAGGACCUCAACCUUUGAUAUCAACACGUUAGGAAACGGACUUAAUAGCUAUGGGUUACCCGUCAAACCGAAACCUCGAACCUAAGCCCUUUUCUAGGAAGUCUCACUCCUCUGUGUUCUGAGAGGUGACACUGUUGGCUCUCUGAGUCACAGUUAAUGUGAUUCAGGUGCUAUGUUAAUUGUGACAUACUGUAUUUUCCCAUAUAUUGUUCUCACAUUCCUAACCCUUUAGAAGAGGUGGGUAUUUGAUAUGCCUCCUUUGAUGAGUCCCAAAUGGCACCCUUUUCCCGGCACAGUGCACUACUUUUGAUCAGAGCCAUAUGGGCCCUGGUCAAAACAAAAGUAGUGCACUAUAUAGUGAAUAGGGUGCUAUUUGGGACUCAACUGUUUUGUUGAUCGAAAGCCACAGUCAGUGUUUUGAUUGAGAACAUGAUAUGUGAUUUGCCUGCUGGUUGCAAUCAGUUGGUUAAGGCUGUUACCUUUCUACCUUACGUCAUGUUGGCUGACAAGUCACAGGGUUUGACUCGCUCUCCAAGGGCUUGCCACUGAUACAUAGAAAAUAUUAACUAUACAAUAUACUCACUAUACUCAUUCCUAUUGUGACGUCUACCAUCUUCAUUUAAAGGGGAAUUCCAUUCGAAAGUCGAAUAAUUACAUUAUUUUCAUGUUUUCCUUGCCCAUUUAAAGAAUGAUCUGGAUUUUUUUCUUCUCUGUCCUCUAUCUUCCUGUUGUCACCUGUGUCCCUGUGUGGCUUUCUCUGUCCCCUCUGUCUGUACUCUCUCUGUAAAGUGUCCCGGCUCAAACUGUGUCUGUCGAUACGGCCCUAGCACGCAUCCCUAGCCACACACUAGUCAGCUGCACUGUGACACCGUACAGGUACACGCACGUCAGCACACGCGUGUGCAUGGUGUUUUGAGGUUAGGGGUCAUCCUGACCUGGCCCAGGCACUAACCUUACUAGCUUGGUCCCAGAUCUGUUUGCGCUAUCAAAUGGUCAGAGUUGGUAAGACUGCACAAACAGAUCUGGGGCCAGGCUACAACUUAACAGCAGCUACGCUGGUUGAAUGCAUGUUUGGUUUUUAACACUGGCUCUGUCAGUCACUAUGAUAAUAAAUGUUGUUGUUGUUGUUGGAAGCAGACUAGCAUUUGGUCCAAACAGAGUCUGCAUCUGUGUUUGAAUAUAUUAAACUGUCGUGUGGAAAUCAUUACUAUAAAUCUGUUCUCACCAGGUCAGGAGUAGUCUUUGGAUGUGUUGCGCCCCCUUGUGUAUUUUGAGGGAACGACCUGCAUGUUUAAUCUGUUGCAUACAUUUCUCCAUUUUCUCUUUUCUCAACACUUUAUGAUCUGACACGGGUUGUCAAAUUCAUGGUAUCCAAGAUCUCUUACAACCUCUCAAAAGAUGGAGCACAGAAAUUGUGCUUUGUCAAUCGGACAAUACAAUGAUACUCUAUUAGUCUACACUGUGGGCUAUGCACUGGACUGUACACCCUGUCUGUCUCUGUGUGUAGCAUGGCUCUGGCCUGCAUGUAUUGGCCUGCCUUCAUGUUUUUCUCUCCCCCCCCCCCCCAUCUCCCCCUCUGUGGGUGUUCCUCCUCCCAGCCUGCAGGCGUCCUCACAGCGAAGCGCUGCGGCCAAGGAGCAGGCCAGGGAGGCACGACGGGUCCAGGAUGCCCUGGAGGUCCAGAGGGAAGGGCAGCGCACCACCGCCAAGCUCCUCCAGACGACCUCCUCUUUCCCCGAGGAGUCCCAGGCCCAUCACCAUGUAUGUAUUGAAACGUCCUCUCACUGUCAACUGUAUUUAUUUUCAGCAAACUUAACGUGUAAAUAUUUGUAUGAACGUAAGAUUCAACAACUGAGACAUAAACUGAACAAGUUCCACAGACAUGUAACAGAAAUGGAAUAAUGUGUCCCUGAACAAAGGGGGGGUCAAAAUCAAAGUAACAGUCAGUAUCUGGUGUGGCCACCAGCUGCAUUAAGUACUGCAGUGCAUCUCCUCAUGGACUGCACCCGAUUUGCCAGUUCUUGCUGUGAGAUGUUACCCCACUCUUCCACCAAGGCACCUGCAAGUUCCCGGACAUUCCUGGGGGGAAUGGCCCUAGCCCUCACCCUCUGAUCCAACAGGUCCCAGACGUGCUCAAUGGGAUUGAGAUCUUGGCUCUUCGCUGGCCAUGGCAGAACACUGACAUUCCUGUCUUGCAGGAAAUCACGCACAGAACGAGCAGUAUGGCUGGUGGCAUUGUCAUGCUGGAGGGUCAUGUCAGGAUGAGCCUGCAGGAAGGGUACCACAUGAGGGAGGAGGGUGUCUUCCCUGUAACGCACAGCGUUGAUUGCCUGCAAUGACGACAAGCUUAGUCCGAUUAUGCUGUGACACACCGCCCCAGACCAUGACAGACCCUGCACCUCCAAAUCGAUCCCGCUCCAGAGUACAGGCCUCGGUGUAAACGCGAAUCCGACCAUCACCCCUGGUGAGACAAAACCGCAACUCGUCAGUGAAGAGCACUUUUUGCCAGUCCUGUCUGGUCCAGCGACGGUGGGUUUGUGCCCAUAGACGACGUUGUUGCCGGUGAUGUCUGGAGAGGACCUGCCUUACAACAGGCCUACAAGCCCUCAGUCCAGCCUCUCUCAGCCUAUUGCGGACAGUUUGAGCACUGAUGGAGGGAUUGUGCGUUCCUGGUGUAACUCGGGCAGUUGUUGUUGCCAUCCUGUACCUGUCCCGCAGGUGUGAUGUUCAGAUGUACCGAUCCUGUGCAGGUGUUGUUACACGUGGUCUGCCACUGCGAGGACGAUCAGCUGUCCGUCCUGUCUCCCUGUAUCGCUGUCUUAGGCGUCUCACAGUACGGACAUUGCAAUUUAUUGCCCUGGCCACAUCUGCAGUCCUCAUGCCUCCUUGCAGCAUGCCUAAGGCAUGUUCACGCAGAUGAGCAGGGACCCUGGGCAUCUUUCUUUUGGUGUUUUUCAGAGUCAGUAGAAAGGCCUCUUUUUAGUGUCCUAAGUUUUCAUAACUGUGACCUUAAUUGCCUACCGUCUGUAAGCUGUUAGUGUCUUAAUGACUGUUCCACAGGUGCAUGUUCAUUAAUUGUUUAUGGUUCAUUGAACAAGCAUGGGAAACCGUGUUUAAACCCUUUACAAUGAAGAUCUGUGAAGUUAUUUGGAUUUUUACAAAUUAUCUUUGAAAGACAGGGUCCUGAAAAAGGGAAGUUUCUUUUUUUUGCUGAGUUUUUAUAUUGUUUUUAUACAUUUAUUAUCAGUAAGCCUUAUCGUGCAUGCCGGCCAAAACAAGAGGACCACAAUGAAAAUAAGUUGUUUUUUUCCAAACGUUUAUUUUGUGUGUUAUCCUCAAUGAUUUUAAAUGUGCUGUAUCAACAUGUGUGGUUGAAUUGUUUUUAAAUUGUAAAAUGAAUCAAAAACCCAGCAGGGCCAGGGGGACGCAGAGCCGGAUCUGUCCACGCUCAGCCUGGCAGAGAAGAUGGCUCUGUUCAACAGGCUGGCCCAGCCUGCUACCAGGGUGACCCGGACCAGGCCUGAUACCAGGGGGCGCAGGGCCAACGCCCGCUACCAGACCCAGCCCAUAACCCUGGGAGACAUGGAGCAGGUAGUAACAGAGAUGUAUUUAUUUACAGUAAAUGGUGCAGGUAGGAGGGGAUCUAGCUGUAUCUGUGUGACGUGAUCGUUGCUGUAAGCAUUUACUAAGAUGGUUGUUCCUUAUCUCGUUCUAACAUUGAUUCAACCCUCUUAUCCCACUUUCAACAUAACCCAUUGUUUGUGUGGUAACCUGUUUAAUACCGUUUCAUAGAAAUGACGCACCUUUUUCCUAAGUGUGUGAGACUGUAUGUAUCUGUGGUACAGGACCCGUCAGACACAGACCCUUGUGAUGAACAGGAGCUGUGUGAUGAGGGCCCAGUAGAAGUCCCUCAGGGCCAGUGUGACAUCGCACAUGUAAGGCUCUAACACGGCACGGCGACCAUUUUGGCUCGCCAGUGUCCCCGCAUUUACCAGUAACUGGUGCUACGCUUGGCUCUCGGCAACACUUCAGCAUUGUCCAUGUGCUUCUUGUCGUCGAUUGUUGAACAAUUACAGAACAUGCAAUAGCAUUAACUGUGCGAGCAGCAAGCUUCCCAUUUGUUUAUCAUGAGGCCGUUUCAUGUGGUUCUUGAAACCACUGCACUCAGAACUGGUGCGUUGACCCAAAUUAGAACAUCAGAUUCAUUAGAGAAACGUCUUACUCUUGUUUCAAUGAAUACAAUGGCAUAAAAUAACUUAGCAAAAAAAAAUGGUGUUGAUGCUCUUCUGAUUAAUCUGGCUGGGGCUGCUUCAUAUGAAAGUGAAGUAUAGUGUCAAGCAUGCAUGCCCUAGCAGCUUUUGAAGAAAGACUGAUUCAAUACGCUCGUGUGGCUUCUGCUGCUAGUUCCUCAUUGGCCUGUGAUGAAGAGAGUGUUAUGUGAUGUGCGAACGAAGGCUGGGCAUGGCUUAGUCUCAAAAGGGACCAUAUUCCCAAUAUUUCACUGAGCUGCUCUUUGGCAUGAAAGAACCCUCUGUGGCAGAGGAGAGGAAAGGAGGAGAGGAGAACAAAGGGCUGAUCCCUGGUUCAUUCUCUGAAUGGAGGGAUGGACUGAAUGCAGUUAUUUGUCAGCCAGGGUUCAUCUCCCACCAGUCACUGUGGUAAACAAGGUUGUUGUGACUGAAAGAGCGGGACGAAUGAAUGGACUUGUUGGACUGGUUAGUAAGCCAUAUAUUAUAGUGUUGAAACACAAUAACUCUUAAAGAUCCAGUGCAGUCAAAAACAUGGUUUUCCUUGGUUUUAAAUAUAUUUCCACACUAUGCGUUUGGAAUAAUAGUGUUAAAUUGUGAAAGUGAUCAUGUGUAAGAGCUGUUUCAAAAGACCACCUGAAACUUCAGCUUGUUUUGGUGGGAUGGAGUUUUGGUCUGCCUAAUGACAUCACCGCGUGGUAAAUUAGUUAAUAGACCAAUAAGAAAGACUUCCAAACCUCUCUGCCAAUAACUGCUCGUUUUCAGUUUUCCCCUCCCUAAUCAGACAGUCCUAGCAAAAUUCUUGCUUGAGAAAUUGCUCUUGCUAAGAAGCUGUUUUCAAUCAACAUGUUCAACAACAAAAAAACCACAGUAAGGUACUUAGUUGUUACCCAGAAAUGAUUUGAUAUUGAGAUAAAAGCGGCUGCCAUUGGACCUUUUUAACAUUGUUCACUCUUUAAUGGUGUCAAGGUAUGCUUGUUCAGACAGAGCAUUGAGAUCUGACUACUUUCCUCUCCAAAACAAACUCAUCUCUUAAAUGUACAGUGUUAUAAUCUGAGCAGAUUACCUCAAAGGAAAUAUGUAAUUAUGUCCAGUUUUUAUGACCAUCGUAAAAGUGAUUUAAUGAAUCUGUCCUUUGACUUAAAAAGAUGAGGAAUGUCAUUGAACUUGAUGCUGUCCACUGAAUAAUCAUAAUAUCACUAAUGUGUAGGACCUCUUCAGACCAUAACAGGAUGUGGAAAUGAUGUAAAAUGAGACUGUUCAUAAAAGGGAAUGACUUGAGGUGUUAUCUUUAUUGAAAAACAUCAGAUUUUUUUAUUGUAUUAUAAUCUUAUUGUUUUUGUCAGUUGAAGAGUGACAUUUCUGGGUCAAUGCUAAAUUAAUGGAUGAUUGCAUCAGUAUCUCCUCUGCCUUGAAAAGUCUGAUUCAGUUUAAUUCUUGAAGUAUGAUUCUGUGAAUAGAGAGUGAGACUGGGUGGCUGAACUCAUCCUGCCCUUCAGAAUGUUGGCUGCAUCUGGGGUCCUGUUCAUUAGUGCAGACUGUAGCAAAAGGUUUUGCAACCGAAAACAAAUGGUUCUUAGGUCCCUCCCCGUUUCGGUCAGCUUCUGUUUGGUGCCCAGUGAAUAUGACCCUGGACUCGCUGUGCUUUGUGGUUGUCAGGGGGGUGGGGUGGGUUGCCAUGACUGGUCGGGCAUGGCUUUGUGAUGUGGGCUGUGAUUGGCUAGCUAGACUGCAGUUCUUUUGAACCACACGGGCAGGAAGUGCAAUGAGUCACUGUGAUUACUCAGCAUGAUUAUCUAGAGUUCCAUUGUCUGUCUGGUAGCCCUGCUGCCUCUGUUACCGGGCGGACGAGCGCCUCUGCUGAGGGAACUUCUGUCCUCUCCAGCUGACCUUGUUUUUUUCUCUUUCUCCCUGCCUCUCUUUGUCCUCGCUCUCUCGCGCUCUCUCUCUCGCUCUCUCUCCACACAGAUCCAAGCCGGGACCAGGUUCGACCAGCUCUCCUCGUCAGCGCUCAGACCUGGGGCCACGGUCUCCACAGACCACGCAGGGGACAUCCACCUGGCCGGGGGAAGCCCCGCCGAGGCCGCUCUCGCUGCACCCAACCCUGGGUACUACGAGAGGUCCAUCCCCCGGCACACCAGUCCUCCCACCCAGAUCACAGAACCCUCCAGUGCAGUCUGGAAGUCUGUGCCCGGUCCCCACCACCAGGCCUCUCUGGAUCUCCAGAGCCACCAGGCUGACACGACCACAGUCCUCCCCCAAGGAGAGGAGAGCGGUCUGGGAGGAGGGAAGAGGAAGCUGCCCUCUCCAGAGGGAGUUGUCCGACAGGCCCCCCUGCCCCAGCCUCCGGCCUGUUCUGGGGGGACAGAGUGGGAGGAGGUGCAGCGUGUAGCCAGGAGAGGUGAGGGUGUGGAGCUCCAGCACUCGUUGAUGCGAUCAGAGAGCCAGGACCAGAGACCGCACCAGGAGCAGAGGGGCUAUCUAAGACAGUUAUCACAAGAACUCCAGGACCCAGACAGACACAGGUCAAAGGUCAUCAGCACUGGUAAGAUAAGCCUCCAGGGGAACAAGCCUGACCGUAUGAAGGAGGGAUGUCGCGAUGUUUUUUCUGUUUGUCUUACACUUUCUCUCACUCUGCUCUGCCUCUUUCGUUCACUCAUACUUUUUAAAAAUCCACUUCAAAUUCGUAUAAAUUCUCUCUCGCUCUCCCUCAUAUGAGUGAUAAUCGCUUGGUGUGAGGGGGAGAGAAGAGUCUUAUGAAUUCAUUUCCCAUUCCGAUCAUCCGACAGAUCACGUUAGCUCAAUAAAAUGUCUGUCUUGGUGCACCCACUUCUAUGGCUCCUGUUGUAUAGUAAAUCCAUGUACACUACUCAAAUGACAACAUCAACACAGCCAAUACUACCACGUUUCACAUAUCCGUUGGCUUUAUCUCUCAUAAAAAAAAACAACAUUUCCUGUUGUCUGUGAAUUAUGUUCACACACACUGGCUGUGGUUUCCCUUCGAGCUUUCCCUUAUUUGACUGUGGGUAGACGCUAGCUAGCGCCGCCCUAUUUGUCUCAUCAGUCUGUAUCAGCGUUUUACUUGUCCCCCAGCGUGCUAGGGCACGGACCAGUCAGAAGAAAUAUGUCAACACAGACAGACUGAGGGAGAGGGAGAGAGAGAAGGGCUGUAGUAUCCAGAGCGGCCAGUGGCCUGAUACACAGAGAGAUAAGUUGCUAGACGCAGAUAGGCAGGCGGAGAGGCAUAGAGAGAGACUGGGAGAGGAGGGCUAGUAGUGUCCAGGGGGCCACAGAGGGAGAACUAGCUAAAGAGAUGGAGGAACACGUGUGAUUAGUGGACUGUGUUACGUUGUGGCUUCUGUAGAGGGAGGUUCUCUGUUACUGUUCACACAACUAGAGAAGGAACUAGGCAGAGGCUUUUAACACUGUUAGUGGCCGCUUCUCAUCAGCUGUUUCGAGCUUCUCGAUAAGUGAGUUUGGUAUGUGUGUGCGUUCACGUGAACAUGAUUGUGCUAGGAGCUCACCUAACGCCUUUGUGUGUGUGUGUGUGUGUGUGUGUGUGUGAGCAGAGCUGCCGGAGCCCAGUGUGUCAUCGCAGAGUGCAGCAGUAGCAGCAGGGCUGCUAAGGAGUGCAUCGCUCGCUCCACACACACUGCUGCCUCAGGAGCUGGGCGGAGUGGGCACACACACGGACCACAGCAGUGAUCUGGGACACACGCUCAGCCUGGUCCAGUCGGAGCAGGAGGACAUGGAGCUCUCAGAAGCCAUGUCAGCUAGACAGAUGUCCAUCAAAGACAGGUGAGUCCCUCUUCUCUCUCAUCAAAGAAACCCUGGGUUGAUCAAGCAAAGCCUCUAGGCAGUUGUCGUCUCUGUACAGCUUGUUUGGGUCAUUCUUAUUGGGAAGGCAACUUUGGUCAUUCUUUGUAUACGCGUGUGUGUGAGCGCAUAUGACAUUUUGUCUUCGUUCUCUGAAUCAUUGUCUGAACGGGCUGUCGUUUUUGUGAAUGCUGUGUUUGUCUGUCAGAGGACAGCAACAGCCACAUGCAUUUUUUGAAUUGUUGACUCAUUUUGGAUAUUGACACUGACUCGGUCAGUAUGUUUACGCUUGUCGACUUGUAUCGGCUUUUGAUCUGAGGUGGUCAAAAUUAUAAGACUGUUUGUUUUAAUGUUAUAUUAGUAUGUUCUGGAGAGAGGAUGAGAGACUCACCUUGACUCUCAUUGUGGAAUGUAGGUUACAAAGAAGAUGGAAGGAAAGCGAGGGAGAGGGAGCGUUGGGUUCAUUUGAUGUGAGUUCAAGGAAUUUAUUUUGGGCGUUAGGUUGGCUGGUUGGUUGGUGCGGAGCACCCCAGGAGGAAGACGGCAAUGAAGGUCGACGAAAGAGAGCGAGAGAAAGAGGGAGAGAGAAAGAAAGAUGCUCUAACUAACCCCAUUCCUCUUGUCUCUGAGAGGGAGAAAAUGAGGUUGUGUCCUGUUGCUGCUGCUGCAAAUGAACCUGCUAUAGCCACAGUAGCUAGCCACCUCUAUGGAGUGAUAUUAUUAGUGCCAGCAGAAAUUGAGUUUGAAUUGGAUUAGAAUUUAGCACUACUGUCAUCUCUUAUCCUCAUCAACAAGAUUCGGGCUCCAUGAAAUGUACUGUCAUCUCUAGAACUAGGUUUAUCUCUAUGCAAUAUGAGGCCUUUCCAUUAACUGCAGUUUUUCAGAAAAGCAUUUACAAAGUGUAUCUAGAUGGCUAGUCUCUUUAUGAACUACUGUAGCUGCCAAUUGUAGUCGGUGUCAGUGUUUUGCCAUGCUCUGGAGCAAUUGAGGAACGACUGUGGAUAUAUGAAUUUAAAUCUAAUUUAGGGAAUUGGAAUGUUUCCAAUACAAAAGUAUUACAGACCAGUGGUUUCACACAUCCAAUCAAAUAAUUACAUAAGCUUGUUUGUCAGUUUGCCCAUGUCAACAAGCUGGCCAUUGAGUGGCUGCAGUUAUUAACCCACCAGGCUAUGAUUGGAUUUUAAAUUGAUUGAUGACAUAAUGGAAUAACGUGGUUCCAACGAACUCCAAAACUCGUCCAUUCAGAACUAUCUGCAAAGUUGAGUGUGCGUCCACUCGAGUCAUCCAUGAAACGCAUGAAGGAUCUAUCAUUGGUGUCACAUCACGUCACAAAUUCUUUAGCGGGUUGUGGAACCUCUUGCCUCAACAAGGUCUCUGUGUGUGCCCAGCGACUUGCUUUGUCGGCACUUCUUCUCAGCUACAGCUGCAGAUGUCUCUCUGUGCCACCAUCCAUUUCUACAGUCGUCAUUCUCUGACCCGUCCCCCAAAACAGGACGUACACUCAUGGGGGACACAGAGCAGUGUUUGUGAAAGGAGCAGAGGGCACCAGUACCCCAGGCUUUAGGACCACUAUGCCCUGUCUCCUACUAGGAAUGCGUCCCCUUUAUAGUGUACACAUUUUUACCGGAGUCUCCUAGAAAGCGUUCUCUACCCUCGAGGUUACAUAUAGUCUGAAGCUGGAGAUAAAGUGUUCUUCAGUCUUAGUCUCUGAGGGACUGACAAUGAGUACGGUUACAUGCACACAAUAAUACGAUUUAUUGUGGAUAGUCUGAUUUUAAUAUAGUAAUUUGAUUAAAACAUUUACAUGCUUUGCAAGAAGAAAGAUUUCCCUAAUAAUCCUGUUUACAUGGACACAUCUGAAAUCAGGCUACCUGAUGGCACUCUGAUAAAUGCAGAAAAUCGUCAAUCCAAAAUAAACAUUCCAUUACAGUAAACAUUAUUUUUGGGAAGCAUAUUUGAUUCUGAGUUCGGACAUAUAAAGUUUGUAUGUAAAACUACUUCUAAGACGCAUACAUUCAGUUGUUUCCGAACUCCCUUCAUUCGCGCUAAAGAGGGAGGCUCGCUGGGCUGGUGCUAGCACAGAUCAAAUACACUGCUGGAACUCCGAUUUAAGGUCUUUAUAUGUCCUAGUAAUUUGAGAGAGUACUCAGAAAACCAGGUGUUUUAAUCAGCGUAGGCUUACUUCGAUUUUGACCUUACACCGAUUAAGAUAAACAGAGUAAGGUGUUUACAUGACUAUUGCGUAAUCUGCCUACUGUCAUAAUCAGUUUAAUAUCUAAUUAUUACUGUGCAUGUAAACGUACUCACUGUGACUAUGAUCUGGAUUUAUCUGUGACUCAAUUUACAGUAAAAUAUAUACUGUAUCUGUCUUGUCUGUACCAAUUUAGUAUAUUUCGAAUGUACAGUAUGUGCCUGUUUUGUUGCUUGAUUGAUUUAGCUGAAACAGUAUUUCUACCUCUGAAGUCUGUUUAAUUCCUCCAUUCAGGUACAUGCUAGCCAUUGCCAAUGGUACAUUCUACUAUUUUGAUGGCCAUAAUGAGAACAUCAUCUUCAGUAUACUUCAGCUCUUCCUCUGGUAGAGAUUUGAAGUGAAGCUAAAUCAAACAUUGGCAGCGGACUCGCAACUCUUGUUUCAGCAUGACUGACAGUUGUAAGUGUUGUUUAGUCAAACUGUGCUUUAGGUGUCACCAUCAGUGUGUUUUAGCUAUAGUCCAGAUCCCUGACUGAGGCUGACAGUGUGCCUGCAGUGUGACCUGCUCUAGCCUGCUCUGGUUAGCCUCAGUUCCACUCUGUGACUGCACACAAUUUUACCAGAGCUUUAUGGGCCCAAACAUGGAGUUGGCGCAUCCACGCUCUCUGAUUGGCUCCUAAAUUCUAAAUAAUGGACCUAGUUUAUAGGGGUGACUGGCUUGGUCUAGGCUAAGGAGAUGUUCUGGGUUCUAAGUGUAUGACUAAGCAGAGACCAUAGGGGCAUCUAUGGCUGACUAGAACUAUCAUCUAUCAUCUUUCAUAAAAUAAUAAUAAUAAUAAAUAUCUAUCUCUCCAUGAGGUAGAGUUCAAUCAGCUCUCACACAGCGUGUUGUCAUUGAUCCAAUUGACCUUUACUGGACAGCUGGGUCAAAGAAUCCACUACAUGCUGUAUAAUGUGUAUUUUGUGUGUUGUACAACCAUGGCCCCCGGGCAGAACCAAGACUGACAUCUAUCGUGCUCGCUCUCGCUCUCACUCUCUCGCUCUCAGGCUGGCCCUAUUGAAGAAGAGUGGCGAGGAGGACUGGCGGAACAGGAUUAAUAAGAAGCAGGACGUGGUGAAGGUGGCCGUGUCAGAAUGCCACGCUCAGCUAUGGGAGGUGGAGCAGAGCUUCAAGAAGAAGGUAACCUGACUCACUACUGUAUAUACUGUCCUUUAUUCACACAUCCAGUCAUACAACUAUACCCCUACUAUAGACUCUACAUAAACACAUGCUUAGGUUUUUGGCUGAUGCAAUAAAAACAGUCAAACAAGCUGUAUUUCAGGCAUCAUUUUGGGGAAAUCACACCCCAUAAUUUGCUGCCCUCUUUUCUAAUCAGGUGAAUCCGAAAGGGAAAAUUGUAAGAACGCUUGCCUAAAUUAAUGAAUCCUAUGUGCAGAGGUUGGUGCUUCAUCCCCGUAUCUCCUUUAAGACACCUUUCACUUGUAUCAGUGAACAUAAAUAAAGUGAAAUGAUUGGUUGAAUAUGAACUGGUUGUAAAUGGCUAUUAAGACACAGCUGUGGGUAUCUAUAAACAGAGGGGUUGUCAUCUAUUGUGUGUCUGUCCUUUCUUUAUAGUCUCUCAUUUCGGAUUCACUUAUAAAGCUACUUAUGAUGCUUAUAAGCUUCUUGAGGCAAUUCAUUGUACCAGAACUGCUUUGCAUAUCUUAAACUGCAUUUACACUCAAAUAUGAUAGUCAUUGCUGAUUACUUAGAUGUAUUUUGAAAAGGUAUAGUAUAUGUAGUACUGUAUUUAUACCGUAUUACCGUAUUGUGUUAACCUACGUUGUCUAAGUUGCUAGCUCACAAUGUGUGUAUUCUGAAGACAUUGUAUGGUUGUUUCCAAGUAAAUGUAAUACUUAGAAGACCAGAUUAUAUAUGUAAGGUUGGCAUAGUUUCCCUAAAUCAGGUAUUCUGUCCAAGAGAACUUCCUGCGCAAUAUCAGGAAAUGACACGACAGACGUGGUUUCUGGUUUUGCACAUUUAUUUGGCAAACAUGAGGCUAUGAGUCGAAUUCUAUUAUUUGAAACUUAAUUUGUCUACUGUUUUCUUUCAAACCUGCAUGUGUAUCUUGUCUUUAGCCUACUAUAACCAAUACAUGUUCUAUAUAACUUAUCCUAUUCUGUCUAUUUGUCUUUCCUUAUGUUUGCAUGUCUUUUUUCAUCUAAAAUAAACUUUAUUUCAAUCGCUGCAUGCGCACUGUAGUUUUGUUAUAUUGUGUAAGUGUUUUUAAAGGCUGGGGUUGAUGAUUUUCCACAUACCUCUCUUUUUAGGACUAUUCACAACCUCACCUAUCCCAUUUCCUUCAUGUUUUGACUCCCCAAUCCUUGUUUUUUCAGCUUUGUCCAUUUUUUUACAUACACAAGUUUUUAUUGACUAUAACUGAAUUAAAAUAUUUCCUGGUUUUCCACAUGCGAUGAAACUAGGCCAGAAAAAAUGCACACUGCUCUUGUCAAAUCAUUACGCCCUUAAAGGAUACAUAUAUGAAACCAAAAGGAGGCUUUUAAGGACUGUGUCCAUAUUCAUAAAGCAUCUCAAAGUAGAAGUGUUGAUGUAGGAUCAGUUUUCCCUUUUAAAUCAUAAUGAAUAAGAUUACAUGGACGGGGGGGGGGGGUCUGACCCUAGAUCGACACUCUUACUCCAAGAGGCUUUAUGAAUACAGACCCUGAUAUUUUACAUCUGUAGAUUAAACUAAGAACACUGAAGAAACUAAAUGUAUAAAGUUAAGAUCAAAUCAUAAAAGUGAAACGAGUAAUGAAUCAACUAAAACAGGCCAGGCUUAGGGCUUCAAAGGAAAUCAAGAGGAAGGAUGGAUGUUUUUGUUUCCUCUUUUUUCAAUUCUUUUUUUUUCAAUCAAGACCACUUUUCUGAGAUCAAAGGAGAUGUACUGUAGCCUACAACACAGUAGGAAUUAGAUAGAUUAGGAAAAACAACCCCUUUAUGAGAUUAGAAUCUACGAUGUCAUUGUCCAUGGUUAUUAAGAGUUUGAACUACACCGAGUCACUGCUUAAAAUUCUAAGAGUAAAGCUACAAAAGCAGGGACUGAAAGUGAAAAAAUUGUUGAUCCUAAAAACUUUGUUUGAAUGACACCUGCUAGAAUAUAGUUUGCAUUUCAAAUUCCAAAUAUCAAUGAAGGUUUAGAGGGUGAGGGAGAGAGUGGUUGAUGUUUUGGGUCAGCCAUGCGGAUGACAACCUAGUCUAUAGACAAGAACACUUGUCCUUUUUCUCCCUGCUGUGUUUCUUUAGGAGGAAGGGAUGAUGAUCGAUGAGUUGGCUGUGUCUGAUCAGCUCUGGGUAAGACCAGUGUGUUAGUGGGGAACCUAACACACACCCUGGGGUGUUAUACACACUACUAGUAGUGCUUUAUGGGUGAAGGAUUGCAACAUUCCGGUAACUUCUCAAAGUUCCCAGUUUUUACAGAAAUCCGAUUGGAGGAUUCCUGGAUUUCCUGCUUAUUCCCACCUGAUUCCAGGAAUCUUCCAACUGGGAUUCCUUGAAGACCUGGGAAUUUUGGGAAAGUUACCCUAUCAGUUUUUUAUUUUUUUAUUACCAUGGUGAUGGUGUGUUGACGUGGUGUGAGUUACCUGCUCUAAUUCAGUCCUGCUGCUCAUCAGAUGUCAUGCUGUAGCUUCAAGUCUCAAGGCUGUCUCAUCGUGUGUGAAGUGGUGAUUUCAUGGGGUGCACUCACUAACUGUAAGUCGCUCUGGAUAAGAGCGUCUGCUAAAUGACUAAAAUGUUAAAUGUGAUGCUGAAACCAAUUCACCAGCUCGUAUUCCCUGUCCAUACAGCCGUUUAACCCAGACGUAUAAACUGCGUGACAUUGAAUGUGUUGGAUGAAGGUGUGCGCGCAGGCUAUGACAGCAAUCCCCAUUUACAAAUCACUGUCAAAGUACAGAUCUGUAAAACAUAAGGUUGGAGGUAUCACUGUUUUUCCAUCUACUGUUUUAUUCCCCUCUGUCAUUGAUUAUCUCCUUUCUGUGGGUCUGUCUGUUUGACCUGUUUGUCUGUCUUCCGUGGCCCUCAAUAGGAGCCUGUCUUUUCCACUGCUUUCUCUCCUCCUCCUGAUCUCCCUGACGAUGAUCUAAGUCAGUGUGUCGAUCAGUACAGCCAGGUGAGACCAUGCAUCCAGUGUGAUGGCCUGCAUGCUGUAGCCUGCUUGCACAGCCAACCUAGUUGCCUGCUGGGCUAAGCUGUUAAAGCCUCUAUGCUUUAUGCAGUUAGUGUUAUUGAGUAAUAACGCGCUUAUUCCCAUGUAUCUGUACCAAAGAUCAUGAUGCAUCUGUAGGCUUGGGUAUACAGUAUCUUUCCAUGGUAAGCUCAUCUACCUUAUGAAGGCAAAUUCACUAUAUCCACUGUAUACUCUCCCCAAAAAUGCCUAAGCCUGUUUUCUGCUCGAACUCUCGUGUUAAAUCCGUUACCCUGCAGUUCUAGGACUCUCGAGUUGUUCUUACUCCUAGAGUGCUAGCCAUGCGUCUGGAGGCUUUGUAAUGAUGUUGAUGCUACAUCGCUUUGACGCUUUAUGGUGAUGGCGAGAUGAAAUGUCACACCUUUUGGCUAGGCUUCUGGCUAGCUCUCUCUCUUAGGCUUCAUCCUCUCCUCUCUGUCCUCCACUCUUUCCUCUCAUUUCACCCCCUCUUCUUUCCUUCCUCCGUUCUUCCUUUCCUCCCCCCAUCACCCAUCUUCCCGGUCAUGUGAAGGCUACCAGCCCCCCCACGUCCAGCAUCUUCAGCCCCCCCACGUCCAGCAUCUUCAACCCCCCCACGUCCACAGUGGCCAGUCCCUCUAUGGCUAGGGAUGAGAGGCACCCCUGGAGACGGAAGGUGACACAUUCACCCACUCCAGUAAUCAAGUCCCACACUCCAAUAGUCAACAGUCACAGGCUGCGUCCCAAAUGGCAACCCUAUUCCCUACAUAGUGCACCACUUUUGACCAGAGUGAGGGGCCCUGGUCAAAAGUAGUGUACUAUGUAGGGAAUAGGGUGCCAUUUGUGACGCGCACACACACACUCACAGAUAGACCUGCGGUCAUACGCAAAGGGCUACUGUGCACAGUCACACAUACAGUAGGUCUAGUGUAUGGACAUAUACUGAACUUGGAUGUUGGCUGCAGAAUAUUUGUUUCUAGGGGACCCCUGUUUGAGGAUGUCUGUGUGUGUAUACUUAUGUAAAUUAACUUUUUGUGGAUGUUAGUAUUUGUGCGGUUGAAAAACAUAAUUAUAACAGGUGAAAGUGUGUGUGUGUGCUCGACAUGCCUGUGAUGCUUUGUGUUGUGACGAUCAUGACGUCUUCCAACUCCCAUGUUCUGCUUCUGUUGAGAUUUGGUUCUCCUACAAUAGAUGAACUGUAAAUUAGUAUUGUGCAUUCAUGCCAUCCACUCCCAUCCACUCGAUCUACAUUCUCUCACUUCACUUCUCUCUGUCAACCCAGUCCAUUCAUAUGGUUGUGAAGGCGUUUUUCUAAAGGGUAGUCUGUGGAUAUGCUAGAGUAGAGAUGAGGCGUUUUGUUUUUGUGAAGGUCUGUGAGUAUGCCGGCCACUUUCUGAGCCAAGGUGGUUGUUUUGAUGUUGUUCAGUGGUGUGCUACAUUUAGUCAAUGGAGAUUAUUAGUUAGAAAUCUCUGUGGGGUUGUGGUGUAGUACUAUCUUCAAAGUUCUGAACAUUUCACCUCAUUGAAUGGCACCCUAUUCCUUAUAUAGUGCACUACUUUAGACCAGGGUCCAUCAAAAGUAGUGCACAAUAAAUAGGGGGCCAUUUGGGACACGGCCAAUGUUUCACAUCACUGAAUACACCCCGCGUCCCCCUAACCUUGUGUGUGUGUGUGUGUGUGUGUGUGUGUGUGUUGUCCUAGCAGAGGAUGGGAGGAGCAGAGGAGACUACGCAGACCCAGAGCCGGCGUAUAGAGAUGUCUAUCCAGGAGAGGAAGCAGCUGAUGGUGGCCCGAGAGGAGGCCUGGAAGUCCAAGGGCCUCGGGGCUGCCAACGACUCCACGCAGUUCACCGUGGCCGCACGCAUGGUCAAGAAAGGUCAGUGGUCAUCUAAUGCUUUAUGGUACACACGCAAAAACACAUGCGUGUAUACACACGCAUACGAUCACGCGCGCACACACCCAAUACACAUCCACAGAGCUAGGGUUUGUGAAGUCACAGUGUGUAUUUCACUCAGGCAGUUGUAAAACACAUUUCACUGCAUCUAUCCAGUAUAUAUGUCAAAAUACUUGGUCAGAAAAUUAUAUAAUGGGCCUCCUAUUAUCCAAUUAGCAGUAUGACCUACAUUAGGUUCGGUACUUGUCAGACAGACAGACGUAUUUCCUGUCCCCAGUCAUGCCCUCACUUACUUCAAGUCUCGUCUGUUGUUUCAUGUUGUGGAACAUCCAAUUAUAUUGUCUGUGUCUGUUUCAGGUCUGGCUUCUCCUUCAGCUCUCAUCAACAGCCCUGUCAUGUCUCUGCUCUCCAAACCCAAGAACACCACUCCUGCCAUCUCCAAGCCUCUGGAAGGUCAGUAGCUCAAUUUGGCUGGGUGCACUUGUUCACUUGCCCUGAUUUGAUUUAAAAGCAUUGGAUUGGUGUAGAUAGAUUGCUUACCAUGUUUAUUUCACCAGUCCAAAGCUUUUAAACCCUUGAGGGGGAUUGAACGAGUUCACAUUUCAGUGAGAAGGGGAAAAAUCUUAAUUCGGCAAGAAACUCUCUCUCUUCUCUGCCAUGUCUCUCUUUCUCCGUCGUGAGAGGCCUUAUUCAUUUACUAGGCCCUAAUCAUGACAUGGAUGGUCUGAGUCACCUUGUUGUUUGGGGUUAAAGGUUGGGACUGGGUUAUGUUGGGUAGACGAAUGUGACUGGGUUGUGUCCUUAACUGUCAUUAGACCACAUGCUGACCCGAUGUAAACACCAUGAAAUAAAUCCCUGGAAGUCUUGUUUAUUCCAUCCGUGUUAUUGAAAAGUCAUUAGCACCCAACUCAACUUUCUCAUCACUGCAAAACUUCUAUAUUUACCAAGGAACUUAGGACUAACCUACAGAACAUAGUUAUUUUUCUGAUGUUGACAGUUGGUUAUAAUCAGAAGUCUUUGUUUUCAUUUUAUGAGAAAUGGAGGAAAUAUUAUUUUGCUGUUGUGCUGCUUUUGUUGUAUGCGUUGUACAUCUUCUAAACAGCACGUGUAAUCACUAUAGUGACAGUAAUUAUUGGUGUGACUGUGAUCAUUGUAAUUCUAUCUGGCAACCAAUGUCUAAUAGAAUGUAAACCCUGGGGUAGUGUUUGGUUGUCCUCACUAACUGAAAAUCAUUUAUGCAUGAGAGCAUUAAAUGUCAUCUUCAUUGCAAUCAACACACACUAUUCGAGGUUGACUGGUGCAUGUGAUUGACAUUUUCUAUGGAUGCAUCUCUUCAAAAUUAAUUUAAAUGCAUGCUCUGGUCAAAAGUAGUGCACUAUAUAGGGAAUAGGGUGCCAUAUAGGAUGCUGACUAAGUGUAGAUGUCUGUCUCUCCAUUCAGAGAGUAACUCCUGUACUAUUAUGUUGCUUUGCAGAGAUUGAGGCAAAACCGGACAUGAACCUGGAGUCCGACAGGAAGUUGGAUAAGCUGGAGUCUUUCCUGGGCAGGUUGAACAGUAAAGGUCAGUGUCUUGUUCUUGUAUACUGUCUCUGUCAGUCCCAAUGUGCUCCCCUCCCCCUUGACCCUAACCCUGUGAUGUUUGCCGAUCUGUAGUGUGGAAGCAAUAUGGUGGAAGCUCCACCUCUACACUGCUGAUACCUGUUCAGACCCUUCAGAUCUGCAAACAUUAAAGAGUUAGGGCCAAGGGGGAGAGGAGCGAAUUGGGACCGACUGUGUCUCUUUUGAGGCCUUAGAUAACCCGUCUUCCAUGUUGUCCCUGUCAGUGGGCGGCCUGCAGGAGUCUACCAUCAUGGUGACGGAGAAGACGGUCAAAGAGGUCAUGAACUUGGAUGAUGAGAUGUUCGAUAAGUUCUACAGCCACGUGGCCGAGAUUCCCCUGAACAUGAACAGUAUGGUGGACAUCAACGAUGACUUUGACGACAUCUUCGGUGGUACACAGAUGCCCAAGUAAGCGCACACGCUCACACACGCACUCACAGUGCAGAGGUCAGGGGUGAGUCAACAAUGUAAAAUCCCAGCACCUGCUUCCUGUUGACUGCUGACCGCUCACCUUUCCCCUCCCUAGGCUGAUCUCAGCCAUGGUGCAGCACAAGCGGUCCGUGCGUCCGGUGCGCAACGUCCAGUCGUCCAGGAACCCUCUGAAGAUGCUGGCGGCCAGAGACGACAUCAGACACGAGUACACUGAGCAGAGACUCAACAUCGGCCUGCUGGAGAGCAAGCGGAUGAAGGAAGAGAAGAGUGAGUUAACACCACAACCCUUAGCCUAGUUCAUGCUGGUGGUUCUGGAUUGAGAGCAUGGUUAGAGAGGUUCAGCUGUCUAUGAAGAUGAGAAAAAGAAGCCUGGCAUUUCAGUUGUAAAUGCAGAGGUGGUUUGUGUACUUUGUAGUGCUAUAGGAGGCUGUUCUACAUAAUGUGUGACUGACACUCAGAUUAUCACAACAGCACUAUGGGAAAGUGUUCUCCUGUACGUCCCACGACAGCCAACUCUCCAGAGCACACUUUCAAUGUUAUAUACAAAACUCCUCCCUAAACUACAGUAACUGAACUGACUCAAAUCAGGCCUUGUAGUUAUGUUCUAUAAAUAGGUUCAAAACAAUGAAUCCUGGGAUAGCAGACGGCAAAGCUGUGAAAAGGACCUACAUUUAAACGCAUUGCUUGCGUUCCAAAUGGCACCCUAUUCCCUACGUAGUGCACUACUUUUGACCAGGGCCCAUAGACAUUUGGUACGCAGCUUUGCCUCCGUUUCCUGGUAUUGUGCAAAGCAAUCCUCAAAAGUUCACUGUUGUUUUUCUACCAUUGUGAGUUGGGUAAUGUGCAGCGGGCUGUAUCAGGGAUAAAAACUUAACUAAAUCUACAAACUGAAAGGCGCGUUACCCACAACUUCCUCGUCUCUCUUAGGAGUGUAAUAAAAACACUCAAUGAGACCGGGGGCCCUGAAAGGUUCUGGGGUUUGUUCUAAUAACAUUAGGAACACUCUUGUAUUUCAGGCUCGAGAUUAUCUUGUUGCCUUUAAUCUCAUUACAUUUUAGUAUGUAUAUAGUCUUCAACUGUAUGGUAUGUGUACAGUAUCGAUCUCUGUGUGUAAUCUACAGCAUGUUUGUAAUGAGUCUACUGUGUAUGGUGCAUCUAUAGAUCUCCUCUGUGUUCCAGUGAAUAAGAAUGCUGGUUUCUCAGAGGUGGCUCUGUGUGUGUGUGUGUGUUAUACACUGUGUACAAAACAUUAGGAACACCUUCCUAAUAUUGAGUUGCACCCACUUUUGACCUCAGAACAUCCUCAAUUCGUCAGGGCAUGGGCUCUACAAGGAGUCUGAAGCAUUCCUCAGGGAUGCUGGCCCAUGUUGACUCCAAUGCUUCCCACAGUUGGCUGUAUGUCCUUUGGGUGGUGGACCAUUCUUGAUGCACAGGGGAAACUGUUGAGCGUGGUAAAACCCAGCAGCGUUGCAGUUGUUGACACUCAAACCGGUGCGCCUGGCACCUACUACCAUACCCGUUCAAAGCCACUUCAAUAUUUUGUUUUGUCCGUUCACCCUCUGAAUGGCACACAUACAUGUCUCAAUUGUCUCAAGGCUUAGAAAUCAUUAUUUAACCUGUCUCUUCCCCUUCAUCUACACUGAUUGAAGUGGAUUUAACCGGUGACAUCAAUAAGGGAUCAUAGCUUUCACUUGGAUUCACCUGGUCAGGCUUUGUCAUGGAAAGAGCUGUUCAUAAUGUUUUAUGCACUCAGUGUAUGUCUACUGUGUAUAACUCCUCUAACCUAUGGGUCCAUCUCUGUGUUCCAGUGAAUAAGAACAGUGGAUUCUCAGAGGUGGCUCUGGCUGGGCUGGCCAGUAAAGAGAAUUUCAGCAGCGUUAACCUGCGGAGCGUCAACAUCUCCGAACAGAUGUCCAACAACAGCGCCGUGCCCUACAAGAAACUCAUGCUCAUGCAGGUCAAAGGUGAGACAGACAGAUGACCUCUCGGCUCACUAAAGGUCAACUCUGGGAUCAGUCAUGAUAAGAGAUAAGAUGCUUUGUCUUCACAAAGAAGGAAGGCAGUGUGUUCUUGCACCGUCCUGUCACAUUGAGGAUAAAAAUAUCUCAUGCUGUGUCUCAAAUGGCUCCCUAUUCACAAUGUAGUGCACUACUUUUGACUAGUGCACUAUGUAGGAAAUAGGGUGCCAUUUGGGACGCAGAAUCAGUCCUCGGCAAAGUCAUUGGCCUAGAUAAGACUGUCUUCCAUGAAUCGAGUGUGGCGCAGUGGUCUAAGGCACUGCAUCGCAGUGCUAGCUGUGCCACUAGAGAUCCUGGUUCGAAUCCAGGCUCUGUCGUUGCCGGCCGCGACCGGGAGACCCAUGGGGCGGCGCACAAUUGGCCCAGGGUCGUCCAGGGUAGGGGAGGGAAUGCCCGGCAGGGAUGUAGCUCAGUUGGUAGAGCAUGGCGUUUUCCACGCCAGGGUUGUGGGUUCGAUUCCCACGGGGGGCCAGUAUGAAAAAUUAUGUAUGCACUAACUGUAAGUCGCUCUGGAUAAGAGCGUCUGCUAAAUGACUAAAAAAUAACUAAAAACAAUUAAAAAAAUUGAGCAUGCUUAGGCUAACCAUCCAGGACAGUAAGCAGCAAAACGUUGUGGGCAUCCCAAAUGGCAUCCUAUUUCCUAUAUUGUGCACUACUUUUCACCAGAGCCCUAUGGGCCCUGGUUAAAAGUAGUCCAUUAUGUAGGGAAUUGGGUGCCAUUUGGAAUGCUUCCAUUGUCUGACUGCUGCACGCUAAUCGUCUAAAUUAGCUCAUUGUUUUGUUCUGGCAGUCUUUUAGUCUAGGGAAGGAAGAAACUGUUGUGUACGUUGUGCCUAUUUGCUGCUUAUUGCAUAGGUGUCAGCCGUAUCUGUCACAGCAGUAACCCAUUUCCUAGAGCUGCCGAGGUCCACAGAGAAAAAUAGCCUAAUUGGCGUUUUUACACAAAGCCACGACGGAUGCUCUUCCAGGGUGUCCUUUCCUUUCCAGGGGAUAUUUUUAAAAUAGACAGUUUGUUGUGGUUAUUUUGGUUCCUUUAGGCCUCCACACCACUUCCAUGCAGCUCUGGUGCUUAAUCAUGUUACCCAGGUCACCUCUCUCUACCCUGGGCAAACCCCCCCCCACCCCCACCUCUAAUCCAGCCCAAAUCCAAUAAACAAUUUUGGACGUGGUCUUCAUGCAUAAAGUGAUUUUAUUCUUAACUGCCAUUCAAGAUCAAAACAACCACUAAUAUACCAUAUCUAUCCGUGUCCAUCUGUUAUAUUAACCAGGCCGACGGCACGUCCAGACCAGACUAGUGGAGCCCAGAGCAUCCUCUCUGAACAGCGGGGAUUGCUUUCUGCUCAUCACUCCUCAUCACUGCUUUGUCUGGACCGGAGAGUUCGCCAACGUUAUCGAGAAGGCCAAGGUAAGUCUGGUGAUUUUGUUGCUGUGUUCAGCAGCUAUACAUACCUAUCACAAACGCAUCAAAUACACUCACAUUGUCAUAGGUUACAUGUAAUUGUAAGCAGUACUGUCCACACAGUGUUAGUGUUGUGUAGGUAAGCUCAAAUGAACGCGUGUAACCCUGUCUGUCAGUGGGGUUUAAAGGUCUUAUUAUUAGGUGUGUGCUGCUUCACGUCACGUAAAGGAAGUAAACCUGGCUUUAGGAGGAAGUAGCGUUGGCGUAGCAACACAGGAAGUGGUCUAUGUGUGAGGGGAGAACAUCUAUUGUAACAGGAAGCCUCUAACUGACACAUAAACACAGACCUAGAGCUAUUGUGUCAAACAGACCCUGGCCAGCCAGGAAGAACACUGACCUCAUUCUGAAAUUCUAUUAAAAAUAAAUAAUUCAGACUCUUCACCCAUCUCUUAAUAGCUCAGGAAUUCUUGAAUUUAUAUUUUUUUAAAUAAUGAUUUUGUUGCAUUAUUUGAGGUUAAAAAUUACAUUUAGGGGAAAAUAUUUGUUUUGGGAAUUUUCUAAAUAUUAUUAAUUUCCAUGUCGGCUCUAUGCCUGGAAAUACUCUCCCCCCAAAACCAUAAAUAAAAAGGCAAUAUUGGGAUAUUAACUGAAAAGUUACCUUCUGUAGUUUCUUGCACUAUCCCUCUGUGACUAUAAAUAAUAUUUCUCCCAAAACUGUGGUUCCUAAAAGAUGUGUCUGGUGAUUUGUUGAACUCUGCCAGAUUUGUCUAAAAUCCUAAAUUGAUCAGGAAUGAGCAGAAUCAGCUAUACCAUAAGGACCCCUUCUUCAUGUCCUCAUUACAUGUAGUGCAACAAGACCACUCAUGGUCUGUAAAGUUCUCUACUUUUGAUAGAUUUAAACAAACAAUAUUGUAAUCACCAUGGUCACAACCAUAAACUGUGAACAACCAUAAACUGUGAACUAGGUUUUAGAGUCAUAAAUCAGCUGAGGAAAAACAAAAUUGCUACUGUAUAUACCACUUGAAUGAAGAAGAAAAAUGUUAUUUUUGUCAACUCUGUAAAACAUAAACUCCGUCAGAUUUUUGUCCAACGUUCACUCCGUCAGAGUGCUGAAGUGCUUUCGGAAAGUAUUCAGACCCCUUGACUUCUUCCACAUUUUGUUACGUUACGGCCUUAUUCUAAAAUUGAUUAAAUUGUUAUUUUCCCCUCAUCAAUCUACAAAUAAAGCAAAAACACAAAGCAAAAACAGGUUUUUAGACUUUUUUGCAAAUGUAUUACAAAUAAAAAACAGAUUCCAUUUACAUAAGUAUUCAGACCCUUUAAACAGUACUUUGUUCAAGCACCUUUGGCAGCGAUUACAGACUCGAGUCUUCUUGGGUAUGACGAAACAAGCUUGGCACACCUGUAUUUGGGGAGUUUCUCCCAUUAUUCUAUGCAGAUCCUUCUCAAGCGCUGUCAGGUUGGAUGCGGAGCGUCACUGCACAGCUAUUUUCAGGUCUAUCCAGAGAUGUUCGAUCGGGUUCAGGUCCAGGCUCUGGCUGGGCCGCUCAAGGACAUUCAGAGACUUCUCCCAAAGCCAUUCCUGCGUUGUCUUGGCUGUGUGCUUAGGGUCGUUGUCCUGUUGGAAGGUGAACCUUUGCCCCAGUCCGAGGUCCAGAGCGCUCUGGAACAGGUUUUCAUCAAGGAUCGCUCUGUACUUUGCUCCGUUCAUCUUUGCCUCGAUCCUGACUAGUCUCCCAGUCCCUGCCACUGAAAAACAUCCCCACAGCAUGAUGCUGCCACCACCAUGCUUCACCGUAGUGAUGGUGCCAGGUUUCCUCCAGAUGUGACGCUUGGCAUUCAGGCCAAAGUGUUCAAUCUUGGUUUCAUCAGACCAGAUAAUCUUUCUCAUGGUCUGAGAGUCUUUUAGGUGCCUUUUGGCCAACUCCAAGCGUGCUGUCGUGCCUUUUACUGAGGAAUGGCUUCCGUUUGGCCACUCUACCAUAAAGGCCUGAUUGGUGGAGUGCUGUGGAGAUGGUUGUCCUUCUGGAAGUUUCUCCCAUCUCCACAGAGGAACUCUGGAGCUCUGUCAGAGUAACCAUCAGGUUCUUGGUCACCUCCCUGACCAAGGUCCUUCUCCCCUGAUUGCUCAGUUUGGCCGGGCGGCCAGCUCUAGGAAGAGUCUUGGUGGUUCCAAACUUAAUCAAGUUGUAGAAACAUCUCAAGGAUGAUCAAUGGAAACAGGAUGUACCUGAGCUCAAUUUCGAGUCUCAUACCAAAGGGUCUGAAUAUUUAUGUAAAUAAGGUAUUUCUGUUUUAUAUUUUUAAUACAUUUGCAAAAAAAUCUAAACCUGUUUUUGAUUUGUCAUUAUGGGGUAUUGUGUGCAGAUUGAUGAGGGAGGGACGGGGGGGGGACUAUUUAAUCAAUUUUAGAAUAAGGCUGUAACGUAACUGUGGAAAAAGUGAAGGGGUCUGAAUAUUAUAUAUCCGAAUGAACUGUAUUUGCAGAAAUCCAUUCAGGUGUAUUUUUUGGCUUUUGGUAGAAUGUUGCGCUGUUGCAACUGCCAGUACAGUUCAAAGUGAAUGAUGGCAGGCCUGUGUGGCAAAUGGCUUGUUAGUAUAAAAGUCUACUGUAGCUCUGAUUGGCUAUAGCCCAACGGUCUGUAUUUGGUUUUAUUUACUGCAGUGUCUAUUAAUUGUCCAAACGCACGGCCGCUUUCCUACUCUAUAUUGCUAUAGAAUUUUCACAAUUGCCUUAGUAUACGUAAUUUACAAACAUUCUAAGAAUUUAUGAAAACAUGAAAAUGACCAUAUCAAGUGUCAUAUUCUUUCUGGGGGUGUAUAUGAACAGCUUCUAAUAAGAUUUCAUGCUGCUAAAAUGUCAGUUCCAAUUUAAAUGCAACAAUGUUUCACACACAAGUUAAUUGAAAAGAGAUGGCUAACAGCAAGCGCGCUGCAAUGAAAAACACAGUUUCACUCACUAGAUGAUCAUUUGAAACGUAACUUCUUGUUGAAAGUUAUUCUUGAAAAGCUAGCAAAUUAGCAACAACAUCCUCUUUGAUAACACAUGCUGCAGCCGCUGCAAACUAGCCGAUAACAAAAGCCAGCUAGCUAGACCGUGGGAAAUCUACUGCUUGCUAUUGCGCUGUGACCGGUUGGCCUUCAAGAAGGCAGAAGUUUCCAUACGUUUUUGUAAAAAAGGUCCCACUCAUUAAGUCAAAAUGUGAUUUGUUGAUUCCACUGUCACUACAACAUUUUGCCCUAAUACAGUUGAAUGGCAGAUGCCUUUAUCUAGCUUCUGAUGACCUAGCCAAUGGCUGACUUAGCUAGCUAGAUUUAUCUCCCCAGAGACAGCAAAGAAAAAUCCUGAUUGGAUCUUUUUUUCUCUUCAGUGUUAACCCAUUCCUUUCCAACAAAAACUAAAGAGAUUAAAUCAGAACGUAAUUGAAAAUAAUAUCAUAAUCAUUAUUUUAUAAAUCCUUAGCACUUCUCUGAAGGUGUAGAAUGCCCAUUGUUCCCCACUGUGUUUGGGUUAGUAAUAAUUUGUAGAGUGGCUCUAUUUUCCCUCAGCAUGCAUCUUUUUCACUAUUCUGAAUGUCUAAAGAAUCCACAUGUUCUGAAAAAUGAAAACAAAAAUAUUGGAUAUUUUGAACUCUUAUGGUGGUGGUGAUUUGACAAAAUUACAAUCAUGGUCUUGAAUUGGACUCGCAUUUUUCUGGUCUUGACUCUUGUCCCCCUCCCGGUCUUGACUCGGACUCGAUUUGCUCCGUUCUUGGUCUUGAAUCGGUCUCGCUUUAGGUGGUUUUGAGCAGGACACUGGUUAACAGAUCUAUAAAACAAAAAUACGUUUGGAGAUUUGUAUUACAUAUUUGAAUAAUUUGUUAGAAUUAAACAAUAAAGCCAUUAAACACUUGAUGAACAAUUUAAAAAAUGAAAUGCCUUUUAUGGUGUCUGACAGAGUUGACAAAUCCAGUUAGCUGCAUUUUAUGGAGAAAAAAAAAGUAAAGAAUUACGAGGUUGUUCUUUUACAUAGUGUUAUAGCUGAUACUUUGGUCUAUCAAAAUACAUAUUUCAAAUGUUAAUAUUAAGACAAAUAUUUGGAAAUAAAUAGAUUGUCCCUUUCAAGAACCCCUGACCUAUUAAUUUUGUAGAACGAUUAAUUACUUAUGAUUGCACUUGAUUUGGGCCUAGAAUUAACAUAUGCUUAUUUUCUGUCUUUCAUUCUCAGGCUGCUGAGUUGGCCCAGUUCAUUCAGACAAAGAGAGAUCUGGGUUGCCGUGCCAACUACGUAGAGCUGAUCGAGGAGGGGAUCAACACACACAGCUACGCUGCCAAGGAGUUUUGGAAGAUUUUGGGCGGACAGGCCAGCUACCAGUGUAAGGCUAAGUAGUUAAUAGGUUAUAACUUUGUAAUUACCAUUUUACCUACCAGUACCAGCUACCAGUGGAAGGCAAACUGUCUUAGUUUGGCAAACAUAUUUCAAUCAGUCAUGUUUUGGGGUCAUCUCUCUUGGCUUGAUACAUUCAUGGCUAUGUAGGUAACAGUUAUGGGUUAUUUGAAUGUGUUAUGUUUUGAAUGAUUUAUGAAAUGUGUUAUGGUUUCCUUCAACUGAAAUGUUACCCAGAAAUGAUUCCCAGUUAUUCCUUGUAUGCAUUAUCAGUUUUUUUUAACACUUCGUGUUUCCUUCCUGUAGCCGCGGGGACACCAGACGAGGAUGAGCUGUAUGAGAGCGCCAUCGUAGAAACCAACUGCAUCUACCGCCUAGUGGAUGACAAACUGGUCCCCGAUGACGACUUCUGGGGGAAGGUUCCCCGAUGCACCAUGCUCAGCCCCAAACAGGUUAGACAUCACUAAUACUGACAUUGUUUGGUGUGAGGAUUUAGAUUUUCAUUCUGACUGGAUUCCAAUCAAGUUAAAACGGAAAUGGAAAGAUAAACCUGGUUGAUCAGACUGCUGUAUCUCCUAAAUCAAGAUUUAGACACUGACAGGUACAUUCUACUGGUGCUGACUGCCCCCUCUCUGUGAUCCCUGGCCUGCAGGUGUUGGUGUUUGACUUUGGCAGUGAGGUGUACGUCUGGCACGGUAAGGAGGUGACUCUGGUCCAAAGGAAAGUAGCCUUCCAGCUAGCUAAACACCUGUGGAACGGAACCUUCGACUACACCUGCUGUGACGUCAACCCCCUGGACCCAGGAGAGUGCAACUCACGCAUACCCAGGUACUGGGUGGCUCACACAGUCUGUCUCAAUCUCUCUCACACACAACAAAGUAAGCCAAACCAUACCGUGAGCUCGCCUUCUCUUUUAGCACCGUCCCAUUCAUCCAAUUCACAUACACAGUGUUGACAAUAAAUCUUGAAAUGUAGGUUGCACGUACUAGAACGUAACACAUGUAUCAUGUAUGGUUGAUUGUGCGAUUCCACGUCCCUGUGAGGGUUAUGAUUUUAUUUGAGUUGCAAGGUAACUUCAAAGCAUCCGUAUUAAAACCACUCAGGUUAGCACAGGUUGUCCAUUUCCAUAACACCAUGUACCUCCCUACUAUGGAGAGCCAAGUAUUCCACUACAGUAUGUGUAAACAACUCUAAGGCCAGGCUCAGCAGAACACAAGCUAUACAUGGGCAGGAGUGUCAUCGCUCCACUCUGCACUAAACAACCUGUCUGCCUCUAUGCCCAUGGACAGUUGGUAGGCUUCUUUAAUAACACACUUGCCAGGUGGUCAUUGCAAAUAAUAAUUUAUUCUAAACUGACCUGCCUUGAAAAAUAAAGGUUUGAUCAAAUAAAGGCGGCUCCAAACAGCCUCUGUCCUCUCCACUUCUCCCUUUCCAACUCUCUUACCUCUCUACCUCUCCUCUCUCUCCCUCUGUGGGGUGCAGGAAAGGCCAGGGCCGUCCAGACUGGGCUGUAUUUGGGAGGUUGACGCAACACAAUGAGACAACCCUGUUCAAGGAGAAAUUCCUGGACUGGACAGACUCCAAGAAGAAAGGCACAACCAAGAACGUCCACGAGCACCUCAACGAACACAACAAGGUACAGCUCCAAAUAGUUUUUAAUAGUUUUGUUCCUAUUCAGUGUUUAUCCUGUAGCUUCUCAAGAAUUCCUUAUAAGACUGGCCAAAUUAUACACUAUUAGACAACAGGGAACAAAACCUCCCUCUGUUCCAACAACCCAUUCCCCAUCUCGUCCUCUACUCCCUCACCAACACUGCACGCAUCUCAACCUCCCGGUCUCUUCCUUGACCCAUUUUGUGGCUUUCCCCUCCCUCCCAGGAGCAGCAGAGCUCGGAACAGAAUACGACGCGGUCCUACGACGCGUCCCUGAUGCUGCCGUUACUCCAGACCCCGGUGCGCACGGUGUUGGAUGGGGUGGACGUAGGCCGGGGCUACGGCCCUGUGGCGGGGGACGACCACAGGCACUUUGAGAUCAGUACCACCGCUGUGGACGUAUGGCACAUCCUGGAGUUUGAUUACAGGUGGGUGUGCGUGGCUGUGUAGCAAAUGGCACCCUAUUCCCUACAUAGUGCACUACUUUUGACCAGGGCCUAAAGGGGCUGUAUAAGGAAUACGGUGCCAUUUGGGAUUCAUACUACGUGUGUGUCAUGGUGGGGUUGUAAUAAAGGAAAAAUACACAUUUCAGUGUCUGUGACAAUAAAGUAUAUCGUCUAUCCUACAGCCGGCUGCCCAAGCAGAGCAUCGGACAGUUCCAUGAGGGAGACACUUACGUAGUGAAAUGGAAGUACAUGGUGAGCACCGCAGGUUAGUUUCGAUCCACCGUUGCCGACUUCUCAACGACAUCACAGAGCACGCUCUCUCUCUGUCUCUCUCGCUCUCUUUUGCUACUAUCACUUUCUAUCUUGCUUAUUCCCUCUCUGACACACCUAAAGCAGUGCAGGUGUUUAAAGUAGGGAUUUUACGUUAUUUAACAGAGUUAUGUCCUCGAUUUAAACACCCUUCUUCUCCAUGUAAAGACCAUAUAAAGAGAGAGCCCCGUCACCCUUCUUCCCCUCUCCCUCCUCUCCCCCCCUUUCUACCUCCCUAUGUUAGGGUAAUAAUUAACCAUUACCUAAACUCAUAGACACUGACUGCUGUUCCAAAGCCUCGCUCGCUGUAGGAAUCUGUGUUCUUUCAGACUUCAAACAAACAAUCAUUCAUAUCACUACUAGUGGGAGAGAAGGGGAGAGGGGCGCUGGCAAGUGGCUGGGAUGAGUUCUAGGGGUUAGCAUCAGUGCGGCUAGUUUUGUUCUGCACAGAGAGUCAAUGGAUGGGCUGCAGAAGAGGAUAGCUGAUUACAGCAAUAUAGGGUAUCAUCUUUCCUUACAUGGUAAACAUUUAAAACAUUUCAAUCAUUUAGUAGACGCUCUUAUCCAGAGCGACUUACAGUUAGUGAGUGCAUACAUUUUUCAUACUGUCCCCCCGUGGGAAUCGAACCCACAACCCUGGCGUUACAAGCGCCAUGCUCUACCAACUGAGCUACAGGAGGCCUACGUACACCGAUACAGGCAGACAGACAGGAUGUACUGCAAAACGCCCUGCUUUGUUUUGACUUUUUUCAUUUGUUGGUUUGACAGAUAUCUGUUUAUAGGUCUCCCUAGUGUGUAUUCAUGAUAUGAAAAGUUGCUCCUUGGAGUUUGUGAAUCCGUGUGUCUGUCUGUUGACCCUAGUUGGGAAGAGACAUAAUCCGGACGCGGUGAGGAGUGCAGGAGCUGGGAAGGAGAAGUGUUCCUAUUUCUUCUGGCAGGGGCGGAAUUCUACCGUCAACGAGAAGGGAACAUCCGCCCUGAUGACUGUAGAACUGGACGAGGAGAGAGGAGCACAGGUACUGUGCGUCUGUGUGUGCGUCUGUGUCCGUGUGUCCGUGUAACCACUCUCUCCUCUGCUCCUACAGGUCCAGGUGCAGCAGGGGAAGGAGCCUCCAUGUUUCCUGCAGUGCUUUAAUGGAGGGAUGGUGAUCCAUGCAGGGAAGAGAGAAGAGGAGGAGGAGAACUCUCAGAGUACAGUCCAUACCUAUUACCUACAGAUCUGCUGUCUUCAUUUGAUUACUCUGUUGUCACAGAAUUUUCCUGCGCAGCUGGAAAUGCUAAUUGGAGUGUAUUCAAUUGGUUUAAAAAGGCUUCUAAAGUUUGUAAUUUCCACUUAAAAAUCUCUAACUUGAUUUGCCCUAACGAAAUGUCAACCCCUACAAAAAUGUCCAUUCAAUAUAAUCCACAUAAUUAACAUUUUCUGUUAUUGCCCUGCUGUGAGAAGCACGGUCAAAUUAAGAUGGUACAUCUUUACCAUCCACUUUCUCACCUUCCCUACCUUCUCAUCAAUACUAUCCUCCUUUCUCCUGCCAUCAUCUAACUGUCUUCUUUCUCUUUCUGUCUCUCUGUGUGUGUGUGUGUGUGAGCGAUGACAUGUUUGAAAGAGUAUGUAGGGUGUGGAACACCAAUGGAACACAUGAAAAACAUGUUUUUCUCCAAAUGCAUGAUUUAUGUCCCAUUUGUUUCCUGCUGUUAUCUGUCUGACCUCUAACCCCUCUCGCCCCAUCAGAUGACUGGCGGUUGUACUGUGUGCGUGGUGAGGUCCCUGUGGAGGGCCACCUGCUGGAGGUAGCGUGUCACUGCAGCAGCCUGCGCUCCCGGACCUCUAUGGUACUGCUCAGCGUCUCCAAGGCAACCAUGUACUUGUGGCACGGCUGCAAGGCUCAGCACCAUACCCGCGACGUGGGGAGCACCACCGCCAACAAGAUCAAAGAGCAGUGAGCGACGACACAUCCGUAACUAGAUGCAUAUCUAGAUGCAGCCGGCAUAAGAAGACAUGUUUAUGUCCUAGACAUUUUGCUGUCCAGUUGAUUUUAGGGUUAUGGGUCAAGGCAUCCCAUGCCACUGUGAGAUGUUAAAGGUCUCAAUAUAAGGGCAGAUAUUAUUGAUCAGGAAUGUUUGAAGUGUAUAGAAAUUGUAUUAUCUCUGAUCAAUUUGAGUAAGUUUAAGGCAAGCUCGUUACUUUAACAAUGUUCUGUAUGAGUCAGUGUUCAUAAUGGUGUCAUAAGUGUUCAUAACAGUAUGAUAGCAGUGUUCCAUGUGCCUGUGUGUGUGCAGGUGUCCGUUGGAGGCGGGGCUCCACAGCAGCAGUAAGGUGACCAUCCAUGAGUGUGACGAGGGGGCGGAGCCUACGGGAUUCUGGGAGGCUCUGGGGAGGAGAGAUAGGAAGGCCUACGACUGCAUGGUACAAGGUUAGUGGGACUUGCGCGCGCACACAGGAAAGACUAUGACUUAAUUCUGAGUUGUACAGAUGGAUUUAUGAGUAAAUUUGUCUUUGAUGUUGAAUUCCAAUGGAGUAAUUGUAGUGUAACCGUUUGAUAGUAGACUGUAAUACUUUGAUUGUUCUGUAUUCUCUCAUAGAAAUAGAAUUACUAGAUUGGUGUAGUGUUGUGAUUUGAUUACCUUUGACCCCCAGAUCCAGGGAAGUUCAACUUCACCCCUCGUCUCUACCAGCUGAGCAGCACGUCUGGAGAGUUUGUUGCCGUGGAGUUCUUCUACCCAGCCAGAGUAACAGAGGCGGUCAACUCACUGCCCUUUCUACAGGAGGACCUCUACAGUGCCUCACAACCAGGUACUGUACGGUGUAAAACAUCUUGCAACAUGACUAGAGACUGCACUACUACAAUCCACAUAGAUUUGAACUCUCAGUCCGUAUGUGUAUAUCAUGGCAUCACUUCCUGUUCCUGUAGCCCUGUUUUGACAUCACUUCCUCUUCAUGAAGGCCUGUUCCUGGUAGACAACCACCACGAGGUGUACCUGUGGCAGGGCUGGUGGCCCCAGGAUGGCGAGAGCCCCGGCUCUGCUCGUAUCCGCUGGGACGCCGACAGGAAGUGUGCCAUGGAGACGGUGCUGCAGUACUGCACAGGUAUAGGGCACUACAGCUGUCAGGUGGUAGUUAGAUACACUGCUUUAUGGACAUGUUUUUUUCAAACAUAAUGGAAAAAGUUGGACAAAAUGCCAAAAGAAAGCCAAAUAAGCCCUUAUAAGAUAGUGUUACUGUUGGCUUAGAGGUUCUAGGUAUAUCCUCUAAAGGGGGGAAAUGUGGAAUUGUUUGUCUGAUACUAACCAUUACAUUGUUUGCUCCUUCUCCCCCCCACAGAGAAGAAUGAAAAGAAGCCUCCCAAGUCAUAUCUGAUCCAUGCGGGACUUGAACCUCUAACCUUCACUAACAUGUUCCCCUGCUGGGAACACAGAGAGGACAUCGCUGAGAUCACUGAAAGGGUAGGUCACCUAUCCCAUACCUAUUACUCCCACCUUAAAUAAUCCUCAAUGGCCAUUAGAACUAGAUUCUACAUUGACGCCAACUCCUCCUGUUGACUGUUUAUUCCAGACAGAUUGUCCCCUGGUCUGCCCUAGGUUUCGAACCGGCAACCCUCGGGAUACUGGCCUGCCGAGAGGCUACUGCCAUCCCCAAUGGGAUAGAUUUGGGAAGUGUGUGUACUGACCAUGUCGUUCUAUUCAUAUCCCUGUGUCCCCCAGGAGGCGGAGGUGUGUCACCAAAUCAUCCUGGUAGAGGACGUGUUGGCACGGCUGUGUAAGACCACUUACCCCCUGGCAGACCUGCUUGCACGGCCCCUACCCGAGGGAGUGGACCCCCUACGCCUGGAGAUCUACCUAGACAAUGAUGACUUUGAGGUGAGGUCACACCCACACCUUCGGUACCAUCAGCUCUCUGGAGAAUUAUGAUGACUUUCUCUCUAGGUUUGCCUUGGCUCCACAAUAUUAUAUGUCCAUAGUCUGUGGUUCUGUGCUGUUUGCGGACAAUAAUGAGCCUCUCCAGUGUGUGUGUGGGUGGGUGACAAGGGAUCACAAUGGAACAUUGUACAUUGGUAGUCAACGGAAACUAAUCUAAAACAGACCUUCGCUCUAAAAAAGUAUCCUUCAGUCUUUAACUUUUUGUCUGUGUUUAUAUUUACAUUUACAUUUAAGUCAUUUAGCAGACGCUCUUAUCCAGAGCGACUUACAGUUAGUGAAUACAUAUAUAUAUAUAUAUAUAUAUAUAUAUAUAUAUUUCUUUUUAUACUGGCCCCCCGUGGGAAUCGAACCCACAACCCUGGCGUUGCAUAUAAAUGUACCCUCCAUCCAUUCAUCCCCCUCUGUCCUCUUUCUCUCUGUGAUUCAUGUGUUUAACUCUUCACUUCACCUUCCAGGGUGUAGGGGCUUAUGGGAAGGUGAGUUCUUUCAAUUGAGAGCACAGCUGCCCCAGACACGUACACAGCAUCCUCACUUUGAUGAACUAGAUCACCCAUAAUCCUGUGUGUGUUGCUUUCUGUCUCACCUCCCUCCUCACUGUGUGGUUCAACACUAUCUCACUCUGAACCUCUCUUGCAUGGUUUGGUCGGUUUCCACUCGCAAAAUAAUAGCUGUGUGGAUUUUCAAUACAGUAUGCUACUGGAGUGAUGAACUGGACCACUGACCGUGUUGUGACCUAUGAAUGAUGGAUUUGUUUUUGCAGCUCACACAUUGAAGUGAUCACACACAGGAGUUGUUAUAGCGGUUGGUAGAUUUGGUGUUUAUUGUGUGCUAACAAUGUUCGCAGAAAGGGCUGGAGAUGUCAAGGGAUGAGUACGAGGUGUUGCCAGGCUGGAAGCAGGUGAACGUGAAGAAAGCCAAAGGAUUGUUUUAGUACGUUGGACAGAACGCUUGACCACCGGAAGACAUCAUCAGUCAGCGACGGUCGGUCACUGAGGUGCAUCGUGGUCCGAUUGGAACGAGGACCCGCCACUGAGAACUCUUUAGUUUGACCAAGAACGCCUUCGCUUCUGGACAGGAGAGGGCUCGGAAACAGGCUCUUCCGAGUACCCCUCCCCACGAUGGAGGGAUAUAGGGAGGAAGGAGGAGAGAUGCAGUGGUGGAGGGAGUGAAGGAUCAGCGGAGGUGUGCAAGCCUCUUGUAGUGUUUUCUUCUUUACUUUUUAUUUCUGGUUCCCAUUUUUGGUUUGUUAUUGUAAUUAUAAAUGGAGAUAGUUCAGAGGUGUGAGUGAAUUAACUCUUGAGCGGAUGAUUAUGUAAUGUGUCAGCACCCGGCUUCUUAAAUCCACACAGUAUGUGUGGUUGUGUGUGUGUGUGUGACCAGUAUCAACCAUACAGGGUCUGUCAGUUCUUCUGGAAGCAGGAAAACCACUCUGUUCGACACUCCAACCAGACUCUUUCCUGUAAGCUGUUCUUUUGUGUGUUUGUCUUUCCAAAAAUAAUUUAUAUUUAUAUUGACAUAUAUAAUAGGAAUAAAAAGCCUUUUGAGUAUUCAGUUGGUGAGCUAAGACAUUUAAUAAAUGGUAUUGCUAUUCAUGUUGAGGUUGUCAUAUGUUAAGUAUAGUGCUCCUUUCCCCAGAGACUGUACAUGUCGCCAUUUUAUUGAAGAAAUCCUGUAUCUAGUGCAUUCUGAUGUAUCUGUUAUUAUUGCUAUGAUGAUGUCCUGCAUCGGUCAGGUGCUCAGAUUGAAGAGAAGUGUUAUAUUUUACGGGCAUGAAUUUACAGAAAUAAAAAGAGGGAAAGGAGAAGGAUCUUUCUAUAUUAAUUCAACAUUGUAUAGUGCCUUGCUUUUAUGUACAGUUUAUAUACAGGGAGAUAGUAGUCUGUGUUUUAAGGACUCUCUUUGUGAUAUAAAGUAUAUUAGCGAAAUAAACACUUAAAGUAAAUCUGAGGAAGUUGUUUCGCCUCUUUAUCAACUGAAAUGGGACAU